AUGCGGACGUUCCUGUGGAUCGUGCUGGUCGUGCUGUCGCAGGCGACGUGUCUCACGGACCAGACGCCCUGCUCCUUGCUGGGCGCGGCUGCUGUCCCGGCAAACGCCUCGGGGACGUUUGGACGGUCGCUGUUCGUCGAUUCCGAGGGCGCGCAGGCCGUGAUCGGGGCGCCCGCGACCGACACAGCGCGCGGCGUGCGCUCAGGGGCCGCGGUGGUCGCUGCGCGCACCGCCUCUGGCUGGGCGACCCAGCAGCUGCUGCUGCCGAGCGACGGCCAGGCGCACGACCACUUCGGGUCCGCCGCGGCCGCCGCGGGCGCGACCGUGGCCGUCGGCGCCCCGCUGGCCAACGUCCCGGAGCACAACGACACGGGCGCGGUGUACGUGUUCAGCAGGGACAUCCUCGCGGGCGCGCCCGGGACGAACGGCACGGGCGCCGUCCUGGUGGCGUCGGCGGUGGGGCCCAACGUGACCACCGACGUGCUGCGGGCGCGGGACGCGACGUACGUCAGCUGCGACGUGGUCGCCGCGCGGCGCAUGCUGUCCGAGCGGCGCCAGCUGAGCUCGCAGACCACGGCCUGGAUGCGCCGCGAGUCGGACUCGUGCACGUGCGGCGGGUCGGACGUCCCCCCGGGCUGCUGCAGCUGCACGCAGUCGUCCCUGGGCGACUCGUUCGGGGCGCGGCUGGCGAUCGACGGCGGCACGCUGGCCGUCACGGCGCCCGGCGACGACCUCGACGGCACGCAGGGGCACGUGGACCUCUCGUACGAGUGGGGCAGCACCUACAUCUUCCUGCGCCUGCCGCAGGGCGGCUGGCUGCAGGCGCAGAAGCUCCGGGCAUCGCAGCAGACCCGCGGGCUGCGCUUCGGUAGCUCGGUCGCGCUCGCGCACGGCGUGCUCGCGGUGGGCGCGCCGGGCUACCAGGUGGGCUCUUCCGCCGUGGGCGCGGUGUUCAUCUUCAACAACGUGGGCGGCGUGUUCCGCGAGACCGCCGUCCUGACCCUGCCGGACGCGUCGAGCCCGGCGUCGUUCGGGCACAGCCUCGCCGUCACCCCGGACGGGCAGGCCGUCGCGGUGGGCGACCCGGGCACGGCGGCGACGCGCGGGACGGUGACGGUGUUUGUGCGCACCAACGCCACCAGCUGGGCGCCCGCGAGCAGCGUGUCGACGGACUCGGUGCAGACGGGCGACCUGUUCGGUGCGUCGGUCGCUUACGACCGCCCGGGGUCGUUCCUGGUCGGCGCCCCCGUGCUCGACUCGGCUGCGGGGGGGGUCUUCGCUCUGACGGUCAACACCUCCUGCGUCCACGGGCCGGCGGGGGCGCACGUCGGCGCGUGUAUGCAUGGCGCGGACGGCGACGGCGACGGCAGCCCCGACCGGCUGCAGCCCACGCCCGUGGCCGGGGUGGACCCCACCCUCCCGCUGGGCAACGGGUCGUUCUACGGAGCCUCGGUGGCGGCCCAGGGCGCGACGGCGGCUGCGACGCUGCGGCGCGGCGCCAACGGGACGUACGCGUCCGGGGCGGUCGUGUUCAUGCGGCGGCAGGCGGGCGCGAACGAGUGGAGCGUCACGCAGGUCGUGGAGCCGCAGGGCGCUGUUCCCGGCGAGUACUUCGGACAAAGCUCGGUGCUGUCCGGGAAGAUCCUGGCGGUCAGCGCUCCGCGGGGUAACGCGACUAAGGCCGCGCACCCCGGAGCGGUGUACGCCUUUUACGAGACGCCCUCUGGGGCAUGGACCUUCCUGUCCAAGCUGAUGCCCAAGGCCCCGCUGCCCGAGGAGUUCUUCGGACGACAAGUCGACAUGGACGGCGACUACCUGGUGGUCGGCGCUCCGCGUCGGAAUGACGCCGGGGCGGCGUACAUUUUCCGCAUCAACUCGACUCUGACGUUCACAGAGGAGCAGCGCCUGCAGGGCACGGACGCCCCGCCGUACAUCCGCGACCUCAACCCCAAGAGCACUCCGCCGUACCCCGUGGUCGAGAUCGACGGGUGCGAGUGCCACGUGCCGUUCGUGGCGCCGAACGGCUGCCGGUGCGCGCAGAACGAGAAGUACGACUUUUUCGGCACCAGCGUGGCCAUCAGCCGCGGCACGAUCGCGGUCGGAGCCCCCGGAGACGACGACGACGGCCCCGAAGGCUACUACAACGUCAACCUGGAGUGGGGCUCCGUGUCCAUCUACACCCUGAACACCGACAGGACCUGGAGCUUCACGCAGAAGCUGCGCCACCCCGACUACGGUCAGGCGGCGGGCGAACAGCUGCGCUUCGGGAGCGCGCUGGCCCUCAACGUUGACUACCUCGCCGUGUCCGCGCUCGGCAAGGGCGUGGUCACGGGGGCGCAGGGCGAGGGCAGCAUCGUCCUCUUCAAGCGCAGCAACAGCUUCGUGUUCGAGCCCGCGGGGAUCCUGCGCUCGCACUUGCCGGGAACCGGGGACCUGUUCGGGCUGCAGAUGCGGUUCGACAGCAACCACUCGCAGCUGUUCGUCGCGUCUGCGUACCACGGCGCUGGACUGGACGGUCCGCACGCAGCGGACGACGACCUGGGCGUGGGAACCGUGUCCGUGUACGACUUCGACGAGGGCUCCUGGGCGCUGCGCGAGGAGCUGGUGAGGCCGGCGGGCAGCGGCGCUCGUGACGGUUUUGGGCACGCCCUGGCCGUCACGGGGGACGCCGUGUUUGUAGGCGCGCCAGCUUCGGAGGGCACGCACGGGAGCGUGUUCGCGUUCGCCCGCGACCUGUGCCCGCACGAUGCCAACAGCACGGGGUCGCACUUCGCCCUCUGCGGCGCGCGGUACCUGCGCGACGUGCUGCGCGCGCCCGACGUUCCGGAGUGGGUUGGGGACGCGGUCUACGAGGUGGGCAUCCCGGGGCUGCCGAACCUGCUCGACGAGUACGAGCUCGGGGGGCUCACGGCACGCGGCGGCUCGCUGUCGUGGACCAACGUCACAGCGUGCCUGCGGGACGUGACGCUGCUGGCAAACAUGCGGCAGCCGCUGCUCGACGACACCGACGGCGGGCGGUUCGCCGUGCACGAGCUGUGCGUGUCGGCGCCGGUGGAAGACGGCCCAGCGGCCGAGAUCGCGUCGCUCGACAUGACGGUCGCCAUCGGCCAGGACUCGGAUGCGCGGCACAGGAAGCUGGGUGCGCAGGUGGUCGAGACGCGGUUCGCGCUGACGCACCCGUGUCCGCACCCGCUCAGCGCCGCGCCGCCGACGACCUCGAGCGUCGACCACAUGGCGCUGUUCUGGCUCCCCGGGCUGUGGAAGCGAGACGGGGUGUGGUUCGGCGGCGCUGGGUGGACGGGGAAGGUCAACAUCACCCUCGCGCCGCCGGACCUCAAGUCCGCCGACGUCGUGCCCGUGUGCAACGGCACCCGCGUGGACGCCUUCGACGUGCAGAUGUCCCUGCACGUUUCGCCGUACGAGGUCCUCACGUCGAUCCAGUACGACCCCACGAAGGCGCUUCCGUCGCAAGUCGCGUUCUCUGCGGAGAACUUCGUCUACUCGCACGAGACGCGGCACGUCGGCAUCUCCGGGCGCCUCAUCGGCGAGGUCAUGAACACCACCCUUGGCGACGCAGAACUCGAGCGGCCCGUGAGGAUCCCCGACGGCAAGGACAUGCGCCAUGAGGUCAAGUUCUUCGCCACGCAGGUCCUUUCCGCCGACCGGCUCACUUCCGACCUCGACAGCCUGAACGCAAGCCACUACCGCACCUCGGUGUUCCACUCCUUGGAGUGGGCGUCGCGAUCGAAGGAGCCCGAGGAGUGCGGGUGCCGCAGCGUCGAGCAAACAUGCAUCGACGCCGACGGCGACGGGCUGUCGGACUGCUUCAACCCGCUCGACCGCCCCCUGACCUUGCCGGGGGGCGUUGCUCAGGAGCACGCGCAGCUGGGGCACGCGCUCGCUCGCUCGGGCGACGACUUGCUGGCGGCCAUGGCGUGGUGGGACGCGGGGGGCAACACGUCCUUCGCGCAGGCCGGCGCCGUCGCGCACUUCAAGCGCGCCGUCGACCCGGUGAGCGGCACGGACAUCUUCGAGCCCUUUGCCGUCAUCGAGGCGCCCUCCCCGGCGGCCAACGCGCACUUCGGGUCCUCGAUCGACGCGAACGACGGGAAGCUCCUCGCGGUCGGAGCCAACCUUGCAAACGUCGCCGCGCUCGACUCGGGCGCCGUGUUCUUGUACGAGAAGGGCGUCGCAGGGCACUUCAACCACACGGCCACUCUCGUGGCCAACAAUGCGACCGCGCGCUCCUUACUCGGCACCUCCGUGGCCGUGGUGGGGCGCACAGUUGCCGCAGGCGCCCCGAACCUGGGAUCGUCCGGCUCCGUGGUGGUGUUCAAGGAGGACCCCUUCAGCGGCCAGUGGAGGGAGCACCAGCGGUUGUUCCCCACCGACGCGCCGUACACCAGCACGUCUCCCAUCAGCUGUCGCCCGUGCGCGAAGGACGGCGUGCCCGACCGCUUCGUCCGCGAGGCUGAGAACUGCGUCUGUCCGGCGGAGGGCGCAUCGCCUGCCGAUCCGUGCGUGUGCCAGCAGGCCCAAGCCGGCGACUCGUUCGGCAUGUCGAUCGCCGCGGACCGCUCCACCAUGGUGGUGUCUGCCCCCAACGACGACAUGGACGGGCAGGAUGCGUACCUACCGGAGAACGGAGACUUCGACACGGGCUCCGUGUACGUGUUCGCCCAGGACGACUCUUCCUGGACGCAGGUGCAGAAGCUGCGCCCGUCCACGGACGUGCGCGGCCUCCGGUACGGGCGCGCCUUGGCGCUGCAGGGCGACUUCUUGGCGGUGACCACCACCACACUGGAGGUCCAGGGCAAGCCCAACGCCGGCGGCGUCUACACGUACUACAGGGAGGUCGGCGGCGUGUUCGAGUCGACGGGGCUGCUGUCGCACCACCAGCCCGCGCCCCACCAGUUCUGCGGCGCAUCCGUGACCUUCUCCCCCGGGGCAGACAUCCUCCUCGUGGGCUGCAUGGGCGACGACGCCGGCGCGGGGUCGGUGCUCACCUACCGCCGCAGCGCAACAAACAACAGAUGGUCGCGCGCCGAGAAGCUGAAUGCUUUCGACGGGCUCUUCGACGAGCGCUUUGGAGCGUCCAUGCUCUUCACGGGCAACAGCCUGGUCGUGGGCGCCAGGCUCCGCGAGGGCGGGCGCGGAGGCAUGUACGAGUUCCAGAUCGACCUUUGUCCCGACGAACCAUCGCAGCUGACGCCCGGACCGUGCGGAUGCGGAAGCAACACCGACGGCGACGAAGUCGAGUCGUGCUUGACGGGGCCGCGGCUUCUCGACGUGCCCUCGUCGUCGGGACGGCAGCACGCAGGCUUUGCGGUGGCGCUGCGUGGCAAGGAAGCUGUCGUCGCGGCAGCCCGGGCGACCACCUCGGCGGGCGUGCAUGCCGGCGCCGUGUACGUGUACAACCGCACAGACUGGAACGCGGCGCCGCAGACGCUCACGGCCAGCGACGCGGCGGCGCACGACAUGUUCGGCGCGGCGGUCGCGCUGGAGGGCGACACGCUGGCCGUGGGCGCCCACAUGGCCGACGUGGGCGCGGCGGCGGAUGCGGGCGCAGUGUACGUGUUCGGCAGGACGGCGGGCACGUGGGCGCAGAGCGCGAAGCUGACGGCCGGGACGCCCGCGGCCAAAGCCUUCCUGGGCUUCACGCUGGCCAUCCGCGGAGACGAGAUCCUCGCGGGCGCACCUGUGCAGGCAACGAGCGAGGUGGCGGGGCAGUCGCCAGUGUUCGUCUACCGCAACUCGCUGAACGGCUUCGUCCCCCACGGCAGUCUCGUCCCUGCUGUCGGCGUAUCCAACACUGAUCUCGGCUCGAGCAUGGCGGUUCUCUCCCCGGAUGCACUGCUCGUAGGCGAGCCUGGCGCGUAUGGCGGGGAAGGCACCGUUGCCAGGUACGUCAGGGCCGCCGACGGGUCCUGGUCGAGGCAGUCGAGCAUGGAGACGGCGGACCUGAAGGACAUGCGCGGUAUGGCUGGGGAGUCGCUCGCUCUGGAUGGCUCGCACCUCCUGGUUGGUGCCCCGCUGCGAAGGAACGGCACCGGCGGCGCUUUCUUCGUCGAGCUCGACCUGUGUCCGACAACAGCGCGGGUUUCGCCCGGUAGCUGCGGCUGCAACGCGGAUGUCGACGGCGAUGGCGAGGACUCGUGCUACGCGAUGAAGCAGUCGCUGCUCACGCCAAGCACCUCCGCGGGAGACGGGUUCGGGAGCGCGCUGGUGACGGACGAGACGCAGACGGCUGUUUCCGCCCCGAAGACCGACACGUCGGCGGGCGUGCAGGCCGGCGCUGUGUACGUCUACAACCGCACAGACUGGAACGCUGCGCCGCAGACGCUCACGGCCAGCGACGCGGCGGCGCACGACAUGUUCGGCGCGGCGGUCGCGCUGGAGGGCGACACGCUGGCCGUGGGCGCCCACAUGGCCGACGUGGGCGCGGCGGCGGAUGCGGGCGCAGUGUACGUGUUCGGCAGGACGGCGGGCACGUGGGCGCAGAGCGCGAAGGUGACGGCAGGGACACCCGCGGCUAGCGCGCACUUCGGAGCUUCAUUGUCCAUGCGGGCCGGAACGAUGCUUGUCGGCGCGCCAGGCGAAGCCAAGGCGUAUCUCAUGACGUACAAGUGGAGCGCAUCAGUGUUGUGGGACACGCUCGAGACGCUGACGGGCGACGGAUCGUCCAGCAGCAGGUUCGGCGCCUGCACGGCACUGCGCGGGAACUACGCGGUGAUCGGUGCCCCAGACGAGGCCCCGGCGGCGGGGAAGAUGACCGGCGCUCUCUACGUCUUCGAGGCGAACGACGUGCAAGUCUACUACCGGCUUGUCGCGGACGGGCUCGCAGAGGACCGCAUCGGACUUUCGGUCGCCAUUUCGGGAGGUUGGAUUGCCGUGGGGAGCACGCAGGGCGCCUCGGGAAGCGUCUUCAUGUACCAGAUCCUGGACGGCAUCCCCACACUUCGCGUGAAGCUGGUCCCCACGCUGCGCGUCCCCGCGAAUUUCGGAUCCGACGGUAUGACGUUCUCGUCUGACGGGAGCGUCCUCUCCGUCGGCAACCCAGGCGAGGGCGGCGGUCGGGGCGCAGUGGUGUUGUUCCGGCUCCUGGGCGCGACGUGGGUCGAGCAGCCGCCCGUGGGCGGCGAUGCUGCGAACACCUUCUUCGGCAGCGCGGUCGCCAUGCACAGCAACUCCCUCACGGUGACUGCCACAGGCAACGAGGUCAUCAAGGGUGGGCUGUUCGACAUGACCAUCGACCUCUGCCCGGAGUCUUCGGCCGUCGUCGUCCCUGGACCGUGCGGCUGCAACCCUGACGCGGACGGCGACGGUGUCGAGGACUGCAUGCGGCCGACGGGGUCUGCGCUCAGCGCCGCCGCGGCCGCUUCAACAAGCAUGUACGGGAGCGCGCUCGCACUGACGGCGAAUCGUGCAGUUGUCGGCGGGACAGGUGACGGCGGCAAAGGCGCUGUGUGGGUGUUCUCGCGCAGCGCCUUUGGCAGCGUGUGGCCAAGUGCGCCGGAAGGCAAGCUCGUUGCAAGCGACGGCGCCAGCGGGGAUGACUUCGGCGCAGCCGUCGCGCUUUCCUUGGACUUGAUGAUCGUUGGCGCUUCGGGUGCAACGGCGAGCGCUCAGGCUGGUGCCGGAAAGGCGUACAUGUUCCAGUACACGGCGGGCACCAACUCGUGGUCAGAGACCGGGAGCCUCGCCGCGCCAUCACCUGCGGCCAGUGGCGGGUUCGGGAGCUGCGCUGCUACCGUCGCCGACGGCACGUUCGCCAUCGGCGAGCCAGGUCGUUCGGCCGGAGGCAGGGUCUACAUCGUCUCCAGCGGCUCCGUCCAGCAGACACUCACUCCGAGUGAUUCCAGCGCCGGCGACGAGUUCGGUACCUCGGUGGGCGCGUCUUCCGGCCUUCUUGUCGUCGGUGCGCCGAGGGCUGGCGCGAGCGGGGCUGCCUACCUGUACCGUGACGACGGGAACUCCUUCGUCGCCGUCACGAAGGUCAUGCCCAACUUCACGUCGCCCGAAACGAACAUCUUGUUCGGGACGGCGGUCUCGGUGUCGAACGGCAUCGUUGCGGUCUCUGCGUCGGCCUUCUACGAAGGCAACAGCCUGGGUCGUGGCGCUGUCUUCGUGUUCAGGGAGGUGCAGGAUGGCUUUGCCCAGGCUGCCAUCCUGAUGUCCCCGCAGCCCCGGUACGCUGGCAGCUUCGGGAACGCCCUAGCACUGACACAGACAGCGGCCGAGCUCGUCGUCACGGAGAGCGUGUCAGACGGGCCUGAGGGCCGCGAUGCGCUGUACGCAGUGCGCUACGCUCUUGACGGCAACGCCAGCCCCAGCCAGCCGACCCGGACGCGCCUGUCGUCGUACAUCGCCGCCACGACGGCAUCCACGGCAGUGGCAAUCGACGGCCCAACGAUGCUGGCCGCCCUCGUGCCCGCCAGUGGUGAAGUCGGGUCCGUGCAUGAACUUCAGACCGAUCUCUGCCCCGAUAGCCAGGCAGCGCGCCCGGGCCCGUGCGGCUGCACGGACGACGCCGACUCGGAUGGGGUUCCUGACUGCCUCACGUCGCAGACUAGGCAAUCCGUCCCGGCGCCUGCCAACGCGACGGACGGCUUCGGAUCUUCCGCGGUGGUUCAAGGAGCGAGAGUCGUAGUCGGAGCUCCUGCGGCGACGGCCGCUGGCUCUGCAACGGUCUACGGGCUGACGAACAACUCAUCGUGGGGCCUCUCGUCGACGCUCCAGGCCUCUGACGGCACAGUCGCAGACAAGUUCGGCACCUCGCUGGCAAUCGAGGAGCCAUACAUCGUCGUCGGUGCUCCCGGGGCUGCCAGCGACGCCGGUGCUGCGUACGUCUACGAGCUCGCAUCCACCGGUGCGUGGGAACUCGACCAGAAGAUCGUGCCCGCCGGUGCGGCGUCUGGCGACACGUGGGGCAAGUCGCUCUCUCUGCAUGGCGCCGUUGUGGCCGUUGGCGGACCGGGGGCUGGCAACGGGAAGGUGGCGAUCUUCGAGAAGCUGCCAGGCCAGGCUUGGAGUGCCCUGGGCACCGCGCUGACAGGCGCGAUGUCGGGAGACCUCUUCGGCGCGCGCGUGGUGCACGCGCGCGACGGCAUGACGCUCGUGAUCUCGGCGCCGGGCUUCUCAUCAGCGGAAGGCGCCGUCUAUGUCUACGAGCGCGCGGCCGGCAACCCGUACGUGCAGAAGCAGAUGCUGCAGGGGAGUCAGACGGUUGGGGUCGCCAACGCUGGAUUCGGUGAGGCCAUUGCUGCGAAUGGGGACAUGCUCGCGGUCGGUGCAUGCUGCGCGGGCACGAGCAAGCAGGUCUUCAUGUUCCAGCGACUCGCAAACGGGCUGUUCAACGAGGUGGCUCUUCUGCCGUCGGCCUCUGUGCCCACGCUGUUUGGGUCGUCCUUGGCCUUCGCGGAGUCUGGAAAUCUGCUCUUCGUGGCGUCGCGAGGCGGCACGGCGACCAACCAGGGGCCAGGGGCCAUCACGGCCUUUGGCAGGCAGGACGACGGGUCCUGGCGCCGCCUGUACGAGUACGUGGACGGCGAUGCGAUCCCGUCGGACCUCUGGCCAUCAUCAAUCAGCAUGGACGGUGAUCAGAUCGUCACCACAGCCCCCAGCGAAGGCACUGGCGCCUUGAAGGUUCGCAGCUACAGGAUCGACCUGUGCAACGAAAACCCCGGGAAGACGCAGCAGGGCUUCUGUGGCUGCGAGGCGGAGGACGGAGUCUCGCUCAGCGGGCUCCCCGCCUGCAUGUCCUGCCCGGUGCAGCAAGACGAUGUCGACAAGGGAUGCAUCCACCGCGGGAACGAGCUGUACCGCGUGCAGAGCGACGCCCCUGGGCUGGCCAGCCGCCUGUUCGGAGAGCAGCUCGGGCUGCCGCUUGCGUUCACGACCACGUGUUUCGAGCGCACCUUCGCCGGCUUCCGGUCGUACUUCCGCUCCUACAACACGUGGUUCCCGUCCAUCCGCGCGUCGCCGCUGACGGACGGAAUCAACACGAUCCCGGCGUGCAUGACGCCCGCUGCGAACGUCUUCGCGUGGGGGCCCGUGACGACCGAAGCCGCGCCUCUGGACGCGAUCGCGUGGACUCUGGACCGCACCGCGACCGGCAUCGCCUUCCUGCCGCCUGGUAGCCGCAAUUUCUUCCGGCUAGUCCCGGGCACUGUCGUCGAGCUCUUCGAAGACACGGGCUUCCGCGGCGCAUCGGUCACGCUGGUCAACGACGAGCCCGACGCGGACAUCGUGUUUGACUGCAGCGCGGGCGGAGCCUGCGUCGAGUCAUGGACGGACGGAUCCGGGCGCGCGAAGUCGCUGCGCUUCUACUCGCGGGCGGCGACGCACGUGAGGGACUUCUACGGCACCUCGGCGCCGACGCCCACGGUCAAGACGUACACGGGCAACUUUGAGCUCCAGCUCGGCACCAUCUCGGGCGACGGAGCGAACUCGACGCUCGUGCCCUCGGCGGCCACGGCCUUCUCGGUCGGCCCCUGGACAGAGGCGCGGUUCCUGCAGGACCUGGGCGCCGACGUCGACGUGUCGCCACGACCGACCAACCGCCUGCUGGUCGUGUCGAACCCCAGCAACGUCGAGCGGCUGGUCACCACCGGGGAGGUGUUCUCGAACAUCGCUGCCAUCACCGUGACCGAGUCCACCCCCGGCUGGAGCUCUUACUCCCCCCUCCAGGACGGCAGUUUUGCCGCAUCGGGAUUCUACACGGACGUCAUGGAGGAGUACUUCCUCACCGGCGGCUUCGAGGUGGGCGGGAACGCCACCGUCGGCCUGACCACCCGGAUGGGCAUGCGCAAGUUCAGCCUGCGGGCCAGCAUGAUGCACCUCGCGAAUGUCGAUCUCCGGACGUCGCCCGAGUUGCACGAGCGCGUGAAGAUCACCAUCAACGGCCUCUUCGAGUACGCCGCUCCGCGCGAUGCGCCCGCGCCGCUCACCUCGGUGACCACCCCGGACGGUCCGUUCCCGCUGGCGAUCGACCCCGCGACGCUGCUGGAGGAGAUUCCCUACCGAGGGCAGUGGAACCCGUCCGCGUACUGGUGGGCGGCGGUCGACACGAGGCACGACUUCGGCGUCGCUGUCCUCGACCAGGGCAUGUGCGGGUCGAAGCUGUCGAUGCACAAGGGCAAGUACUUCUACCCGCGGCAGGAGGGCAAGCCGAUGCUCAUCGGCGUCUUCUUCAUGCUCGACAUGUACGACCGCUUCCCGACGUUCUGGCAGGACAACGAAAUGACGGUGUUCUUCCGCUGCCAGGGCCUGAAGCCCGUGGGAGCCGAGGUCAACUGGCCCAAUGGGCUGAUGGUCGACCUGGGGUCUCAGUUCGGCAAGCUCUUCAUCGAGAACCCGACCAUGAUCCUCGACCUCGCCGCCAUGUCGGCUGUCCGGCCCGCGACUGUCCGCGGGACCAUUGCUGGCAUGACUGCCGAGAUCGACGUGUUCAUCGACGAUGCGCGGUACACGCGCGUCGAGAUCCGCACCACCGGCGACCAGCGCGUGAACGUCGGAUACGCGCUGGGCAAGAUGCAGGACUCGCCCUUCUUCCGCGUGGUGCACGAGUCUGGAGUGCCGGGCGUGCCUGUCGCGGGGCAGGCCCUGUACGGCUUUGAGAUGUACGACGUCCAGAUGCUUCACGGCGCGUCCACCACCGACGGCCUCAGCCCGUACAAGCUCACGGCGAACUUUACGGACCCCUCGGAGAACGCCACGCGCAUCGAGAGGCGCAGCUCCGCGGAGAUUCUGCUCAACAAGAACAGCGGGAACGUCACCCUGCUGCAGUUCGUCGAGCUGGGCACGACGGCCGAGGGGAUCGCGUCCUACACCGUCGCGGGCAGGCCGUGCGACACCACGGUCGAGCCCACGUUCGACAUCGACUUCGCCGUCGGCGACAUCUUCCCCACUGGGGGCUCCAUGCGCGGCGGGACGGGGCGCUUCUACUGCACGCCCGCGCUCAUCGGCUGGCAGGGCGGGCCCUGGAUCCAGGACAUCUUCCUCAGGGCCUCGUCUCCUCAGCUCGCCGGGAUCAGCCUGCACCUCCCGGUCCUGUUGACGGAGGGGCUCUUGGAGUUCUCCAUCUGGCACAACGACCUGCGCUCCAGCGCCGGCGGGAUCCUCUGCAAGUCCUUCGACCCGCCGGACGCGAACUGCUUCCCGCGCCUGGACUUCACCGCGGAGGCACCGCUGCUGUCGCUCGCUCUCUCCUCGGUCAACAUCUUCACGCCGCCAGAGCUCAUCGGAACCACCAUCCCCGGCAACGACUUCCCUCUCAUGCUCGCGUCCGCCCCCCAGCUGAAUGACCUACUGAAGGAGGUCGGCAUCCCCGCGGGCCCGCGUGACGUCCUCGAGAUCCUCGACGUGGGGUACUUCAACGCCACGCAGUCGGGCGCGAGGCCGGGCGAGGCCAACGUCGAGUACGUCCUCGACCCCCGCGUCGGCGACAUGAAGCUGACCGGAAAGAUGUCGACGGAGCGCGUGACGACGCCGCUGGAGACCUACACGGCCAUCAAGAGCCUGCAGGUCAACCUGGCUGCGGCAACGUUUAUGGAGGUGGACUUCUCCAUCGAUCGGCCGUGCGACGGCAGCUCCCAGGCUCCGGCGGCUACCAAGCUGUUCAACUUGCCGUGGGCGAAGUGCGUGCGUCCAGCACCGGGCGCGCCGUGCGAGACCCUGCUGUCCAGCACGGCUGUGACCGUCAACACGACGGCGUACGUGAGCUGCGACGCACGGAGCGUGCGCGACAUCGUGGUGCGGGCCAACGUCACGGGCAUUGAGCUCGAGGCGGGCACCACCGAUCCCAAUGACCCGCCGCUCUUCAGGCAGCCGCUCAACUUGACCGACGCCAAGUUCGACUACUCCUACUCGCAAGCCGAUCUCCGCGUGUGGGGCAUGCUCGACUCGCCGCAUCUUCCGGAUCUGCUCACGGAGUACCGCGUCUCGCUAAGCAGGACGGUGCGCGCGAUGUUCGCCUUCGAGCCGGGCCUUCCGGAGCGGCUCAAGCUCGCGGACAGGAUGUCCAUCUUCGACAACCCGGCGCUCGCAGACGCGCCCGUGGUUGGAACUCCGGCGCACACGAUCGGCCAGUUGGACCUCGGUCUCGGGGGCGGUCUCCUGGAGGCUGUCUGCAUGCACGGCAUCCCCGAGGUGGGGCUUGCGAAGCUGGACACGACCAACAUUCUGUACCUGGACACCAUCGCGGACCGCUGCUCGUCGUUCGCCGCGGUGCUGCUGUACAGCCCGCGCGUCGAGGUGAUGCGCACCGAGGCGGGACUGAACCUGGAGUCCGCGAGGGUGCGUGUGUAUGGGUACGCACUGCCGCCUGCCGCCGCUGCGGAUCCGGCGGCGAGCACGCGCAUGGAGGCGCGCAUGGAGGUCUACCGCGGGCGCGUGCGAACGUUCCAGGACCCGGGCGGUGGCACCGUCCAGCGGUACGACUUCAGGCCGUUCGACCCCGCAACAUUCGCUGUUCAAGCUCGGGACCCGUUCUGGAACAACUCCGUCAUUGUGGGCAGCACGCGGCUGUCGGAGCUCGGCCUCACGACGCUCGGCGGACUCAGCUGCGUCGACCAGGACGAGAACUACCGCGCGGUGUGUACGUACCCGUUGAUUCAGGAGCACGACGUCUGCGCGGCGGGAACCAUCGCACUGAACGCCACGCUGCCGCUCGCGGAGAUGCUCGACCACCCAGCGAUGCCGGCAAGCAUCAACGCGACGGGCCGCGCGGACGUGAAGUGCGCGAACUUCCAGCUCGUUGACUUGCUGAUGUCGGUCGACGUCACCAACCCCCCCUCUGGGCUCACGUGGGACGGCCUGGCGGGCAACCUGACGGUGGAGCACCUGCGGUGGGACAGCCUCGUCAUCAACGGGGCUGGUUCCGACUUGGAGAUCCGCGGCACGGCCUGCGUCGGCGUCGACUGCCUGAUGAGGGCGUAUGGCAUCAUCGACGUCGCGCGCGGGGAGUACACGCGGGGCGCCGCCGGAUCCACGACGCGCAUCUCGCUGUACCUCCCGCACCCCGAUCAGAGCGCUCUUGCAGGCCCAGCCAGGGCUGUGCAGGGCGAGGUGAUCGGCGUCGACGCGUUGCUGCCAGCGGCAGUGGGCAAGGUCCUCCGGGCGCCCCUGCCGCUGAUUCAGGACGCCCCGGCGCUGUACUCGAGGGAGAUGCUCGUCACGAUCCCCGAGCCGGAGACGCUGGUCACGCGCGGCAACAGCUCGAACACGACGGUCGUUACGGCAGCGCCCACUUUGACACCCCUGGGCGGGAACGCAACGACCACCUCGUCCUGCACUCCCACGGCGGCUUCCGACAUCCACGUUUCCGCAUCGCUGUUCCAGAAGCGCUGGAUCGUCGGCCUGCACCAGGCGACCAUCCGGGCGCCAGGCAUGAUGUGCGGGCCCAACGGCACACACAUCAUGCACGAGUCCUUCCGCCUCGCGUCGGCGGCCGCGGUCACGGUGGUGCAGAACGCCACGAGCCUGACCGGGACGCCAACGAACUCGAACCGGCCAAGUUGGGCAGCGGAUGUCGCGGCGGGUGACUAUGCAGGGCUUGCUGCAACGACCAGGAACUUCAACUGCAGUGUUGCAGCGGAACAGCGCGCCAGCGAGGUCUCUCUCUGGAACAUGCCGUUCCGCAUGCACCUGCUCGACGCCGAGGCAGCUCUGCACGUCAUCGCUGCGGUUGACGGCAGCCCGGCAAGCAGCCCGGGCCACAAGUGGGCGGCGUUCAACGUGCGGCCUUCUCGGCUCGGACUUCCGUGCGCGGGGAACAUGUCCUUCGAGGCCGACCUCGGCACGAUCGCUGUCGGGACAGUCGCGCUGGGGCAGCUGCACCUCAAGCAGGCCACGGUGAGCUACACGUCUGCCAACCACACUGACGACGGCGGGCAGUUCGUCGUUCGCGGCAAAGCAGGGGUUCUGGACGCGACGCUCACGUUCCUCGCGUCCGGUCCGACCGCAAGCAACGCCACUACGCUCGUCCUCGGCCUGCCGGCUAGUUCCGGGACGGUCACCCUCGAUCAGCUCGGUGACGUGGCCGCGCCUCUCCUAGAGGGCUUCCUCGCGGCAGGGAUUCCGGGAAUCCUGCCCGCUGGAACUCCGCAGUCCUCGGCGGCAUCUGUCGUCGUGAGCAGUCUCUCCAUCGAGUCGCACCCGGCCCGCCCCACCUUCGAGGCCAAGGGAGUGGCUUCGGCGCCGACCUUUGGCAACUUCGACCGCGGGGCGCAGUUCGGGUGGACACGAGGCGGCGGAGGCGGUGCUUUCCACGUCAUGUACACCGUCCAGGGCGCGUCUAACGAAGCGCUCGCCGCUCGGCCAGGCUCCCCCGCACUGCCGGCUUCCAACGACACGGUCCCGACGUACUCCGGCGCGACGGUGGUUCGUUGGAACGAGACCUGGUUCCGCCUCGAUGGUUCGUCGUGGGUCCAUGACCCUGCUCUCGACCCCGACGCCUGGUGGGUGUACGACCCGGCGACUUCACGCUGGAUGUGGCGCUUCAAGGCAGGCGCAGUUGCACUCACCUGGCCCGCAGAGGUGACGGCGGGGCUGCACUGGUCCGCGUACUGGCGACUGGCGGUUGCUCGGGCGGCGACAGGUGCACCUCCGGCGCCAACGCCUGCCGCGGGCGUGAGCUACUCCCUCGUGUGGACGCGACGCUACCUGUCGCGGCCGGGCGUGUCCAUCACCGUCGACUCGGCCGUCGACCCGUGCACUCCAGCUGCUGCCGGGUCCAUCACCGGAUCCGGCUUCGUGCUGGGACCCGCCCCGCCGCCGGGGCAGAAUGCGAGCAUUGUGGUUCCAGGGCAUCCCCUGCAACAGGGCGGGCCGCGGCAAGUCAUCGGCUACUCGGACGGGGCAGUGAACCUCACGUGCUCGAACUUGACGAUCACUGGCUUCUCCUUCGUCGCGACCCAAGCUUCGUUCCAGUGGGCCAUCGACGCGCUGGCGUUCAACGAGACCUUCCACAGCGCCUCACUGGCUCUCUCGGACGACGAUGACGACGAGGCGCUCAGAUUCGCCGAGCUGAGGGGUAUCGAGGCGACGGGGCUGCGGGCGACGCUGCGCUUCGACCCGCAAGGCGCUGCGCCCCAACUGCAGCUCUCCGGCCCCUUCACGGCCAAGCUGUCCAACGUCGUGCCCUUGCUGCUGGGCGAUGCGCUGAACGGCAACCUGUCGGCCUGCGUCGCGUACGCCGGUCUGCCCGGGGUCGAUCUGCUCUCCGUCAACGGGACGAACGCCGGUCAGCUGAACUGGACAACCCCGCUCAACAACCUGGUCAUCCACUUGGCGGCGAACGGGUCGCAGGGCCACCCCCCGCCGUUCAGGUGGACGGCGGACGUCGCUGUCGGCGACGUGGUCGCGCAUCUCGACGUCACCGUGGGGUCGAACGCGUCGACUCCGGGCGCCAGCAGUAGCUCUGCAUUCCCGCCUGAGGUCCCCAACUACGGGGCGCACCCAGGUGCGAUCUCGGGGCUGUACGCCGCGGUAUGGCGUGGCGCGGACGCGAGCUUGUCGAACGCCCGCAAGGCCCAGCGGACUGUCGGGCAGGCAGCCGUGGACCUCGGCGCAGUGAGCAUCGUGGGCACCGCUGUCGGCAGUACGUCGGAGGCACCGUGCGCGGGCGUGGCGGUGUCGAGCGCGUUCGACGUCAGGAACGGAGCGCUGCUUGCGGCCCCUGUCGUCACUGGAGCGGGAGCCACGACCAUCACGUGUUCGGGUGGCCGCCCACAAGGCAUUUCCACAUCUGGCAACCAAAUCACGGGCAACGCCGUCGUCAGGACGCCUCGGGAAUCGUUCGAGAUCAGCAACGGCGAGGCGUUCGUGACGUGGAGCGACGGUGCUGUCAGGCUGGCAGGUGACUACCGGGGCGCGUCCACGGGCACCGCGCAGGCAGGCAACACGACUUUCGCUGCCUCGGCGCCGCAGUUGGCCGUGCACACCAUCCAGCUGACGGGCUCGCUGCAGCAGGCCAUGUGCGCCUUCCCGACGCUCGCGUCUGUUCUCGACGCCCACGGCGUGCCCGGGCUCGCGGCUCCCGGCAACACGGCGGGAGCUGUGUCGCUGGGGAGCAGUGGGGUGUCCGUCAUGUCGGGCGGGGCCUCUUCGCUGUCGCUGGGCGGUCCGGCGACGCUCGUCGUCCAGCUGGCAACUGACACGGUGGUCCUCAACGCCCAGGGCAGCGAGCUGCACUUCGUUCCCGGACCAGUGAACCCUUCAGCGCCGAACACAACAUUCGCGACCUCCUGCACAGCUCCGGCCGGCAGCUGGACUAUGCAGGAGCGCUUCGUGGGCACCGGGUAUGAGCUCAUGGUCGAGUGGGGCAAUGCGACGCAGACCUGUUGGUAUGCUUCCAGCGUGGUAGCUCCUGUGGCCAGCUCCAAGUUCGAGCCGGAUGGCAGCGUCGGGACCGUUGCCUUCUCGGCGGGCGCCACCGCGUCCGCGACGUGCGUGGACGGGAGGUCUCAGCAAUUCGACGCCACGGGGAGCAUUGCCGACCGAGCACUGCCCCUGGUGUUGAACGACGUGUCUGUUGGGAACGGCACGAUUGUCUCCGCCGGGGCCCGCUUCCAGUACCCCGCACGGGAGAUGACCAUUCACGGCCUUGUCGCGGGGACGGCGGGGACGGUCGGCAUGAGGACGUCGUUUGCCGUUGAGGCACAGGGCACCCCAGAUAUCGAGAUCGUCGCCCCCGUGUCCAGUUCAGCGGUGCGUUUUGACCUCGCAGGGUCGCUUGGAUUCGCUCCAGCUCUGCAGAACGUGGUCGCAGGGAGCGGCUUGGAGGGCAGGCCAGGGAACUGGGGCCUGUUUGUGCGGGCCAACGUGUCCCGCACAGCUGGUCACGCCGACCUGCACUUCGAGACGAUGCACCCGUCAGGUGGCAUCGUCGGGAUGACGAUGCUUCUGGAGCAGCCUACGGGCGCCGGUCCGCUGCGUCCGCUCUCGAGCAGCGUCGAUUUCAGGCAGUCGACCUCCUCGGUUGCUCUCGCGGAGAGCCUGGGUGUCAUCCCGCGCCGCAACGGCACCUGCGCCGACGGUAUGCAGGACGUCGAGCUGGCGGCGCUCUCAGACACGCUCGCCCUGCCCACGGACUGGAUGAAGCCCGGGGUGUCGCUUGCGUCGCGGGGCAAGCUCGCCGGGGAGAACGUCACGGUCGCGGGGUCGUUCAAGAACGCCACGGGGGGACUCUGCCUUCCGGCAGUGCUCUCUGGGAGCGUCACGACGUACACGAGGGCUGGCGUCGUCGAGCUCGCGGGCCUGGCCGCGGUGUCUUGCACGCCCUCGGGCGAGCUCCUUGUGCUGAACUCCUACCUUCCAGCCGCAUCGAACGUGAGUCUUGCGCACCCGCUGACCGGCGACUUGGAUCUGACGGUGACGCAUGCCGUUCUGCACGUCGACCUCGGGACCUCCAUCCCGGCGCCCUCGGUCGACUUCUCGGCGAACAUCACGCGCCAGUCCCUCGCGGGGUCCAUCGCGAUCAACUACACGGAUCUGUCCGCGCCGGAGUCGCUGGAGCUGGCUGGUUCGGCCGGACUCGACAUCCGCCCGGUCGUCCUCGCGUCGCAGCCGACCGGGAUGCUCUCGGCUGUCUUCCCGACGGCGACGGUGUCGAGUGCGACCGUGUACAGUGGCCCGGCACUGACGGUGGCCGACGCCAAGGUCGAGGUUCUGCUGCACGAGAACAGGGUCAAGCUGGACGCCACGCUCGAAUUCGCGGGGCAGGGGAACGUCACUGCGCAGGUUGCGUCCUCAGUACGGCUGAUCGACCCCCCGCCUUCCAGCGCUCUCAAGAGCCUGGCGGACAUCGUUGCGUCGGAGAACACGACGGUCGUCUUGUCACGAACGGACGACUACGGGCGGGAAGUCGCCGUGACAGUGCACGGCAACGAUGUCUGCGGGCCGUCGCAGAUCAUCGAUGCCACGCUGCGUCUGAAGGUCCCGCAAGUCGCGGACUUCUCUGCGGCAUUCAGCAACGACGUGCAGGUGGUGUGCGAUGGUCGCCGAGCUGACUCGAUGACCCUGCCGACUCAGCUGGCCGGCUACAUGGACCUGCAGCUUGGCGUGCUUGGCGCAACUGACGUGAGUGGCGUCGUCGUCGACUUGUCGCUCGACUUUGAGCAGGUUUCGCUGGUUGGCACGCUGUCCGGGCAUCCAGCUAUCAACGCGACCCUCAGCACCCGGCUCUCGUCAAGCGGUGUCAACGCGUCGAUAUUCGCGGUUGAACCUGGAAGCGUCCAGUCGUUCCUCAACGCGCUUUCCGAUUACGCGGGCAAGCGGAGCGUGACGGACGUCCUUGUCGACCCCGUUGGCACCUCGGUGCUGUACUCGGACGCCUUCGACAGCCUGCGUGUGUCGACGGACGUCGACGGACCUGCGCUGUAUGAAGCGCAGACGGUGCUCGCUGUUCCCGUCAUCGGCGACCUCGCGAUGAACCUCACGGUGUCGAUCGACGCCACGAACAGGACCCUGAGCGACAUCGAUCUCGCGAGCACGGUCGAGCGCGCGUCCUUGCGGAUGCCCGAAGGCUCUGACGCUUCGUUCGCGUCGCUCGACGUCGUCGCGGAGAGGCCAUGCUCGACCGGAGUCGCAAACGGCACCAUCGUGCUUGUGGCCGUCCCCGGCAGGAACGAGUCCUUCGCUGCCACGUCAAGCUUCGCGACGCACUGCUCGAACACAGGACGGCUUACCAAGCUCGACACGAUGCGCGACGCUGCGACCGGGGAGGUUCUGAAGAUCGAUCAGUUCUCGACGUCGCUCGUUGGCGUUGUAUCCAACUCCACUGUUGGGUUCAGCCUCGACGGGUCGUUGAUGGAAUUCGAGCUUUCGUCUGGCGAUGCUGGCACCACGUUGCUGCGCGCGGACGUCUAUCGCGGAGUCUUGCCCGUGGGUGUCCUCUUCGACUACGGCAACUUCACGACGACUUACGCCAACAUCAACGGAAGCCUAGGCAUUGAUUCGCUGGAAUCUGCGCUCUUGCGGCUCGGUGUCCCGGGAGUCCCACCACAGGAGUCGAACGACAGCAUCGUUCUGAGCAAUAUCGGCGUCGUGGUCUCCGAAGGGGGCACCAUGCAGUUGAAUGCUGCUGUCAACCUCACUGGAAACGGCACCGGCAGCUCUGCGGACAUGUUGAUGUCGGUUUCUGCGACCUAUCUGGUCGUUCUCAACGCAGACUCGAGCUCUUCGGCUUCUCUGACGUAUGUGGAGCUGCAGAAGGAGUUGUUCAACAAGUUCGGAGAGCGCGCUGCCUACAUCGCCGUUCGCGGCGAGAAUCCUUGCGAGCCAGGCGCUUCAGUCAACGCCAGCGCCAUCAUCGCCCAGGAUCCUUUCGCGGGCACGUCGGGCGACGCCCUGUCAGUGGCGGCCCCUGCGCACCCCGUGUGCAACAGUGAGGGCAACCUCAUCUCGUACAACGUCAACGCGACCGUGGGCCAGCUGGCAGGGAUCAAGACCGGGUCGCUCGGACGAGUCGACCUGACGAAUGUGCGCUUCGCGUUGUCCGGAGAGACCCUCGUCACGUCCUUGUCCGGGCGCGCGCAAGGUGUGGACGUCGCGGUCCUGCCAGUCGAUUUGACGAACUUCACCGAGACCGCGACACUGCGGGUGACAGCGCGGGACGGAGCCCUGCCACUGUCCCUGAGUCAGCUGUCCGGCGCUCUCCUGGCAUCAUGCGGGGGCUUCGGGCACGCGCUCGAGGCCGCGUUGCUGGAGACGGGGUUGAUCUCCUGUGGCCCCUCCAGCACGUGCGCCAGCGACGCCCGACUGGUUGGAAUGGACGUCGUUGUCUCGAACGACACGCUCGUCAUCUCCGCGGGCAACAUCAUGGAACGCUACGGAACGUGCGGGCAGCGUUCCGUGGACGCGAAUGCGAUCGUUCAGCUUGAACGCGCCUCGGCAGGAUGUUCAUGGGACACCGAGCUCCGGCAGUUGCAGACCUCGAUGCAGUCGGACUCGCUGUCGUUCACAGUGUCAUCGCAGUUCCCCUGCGCAUCGAACACAGCCAACAUCACGAAUCUGCAGCUCGGCCACCCGCUGGCAGAGCCCGCGACGGUGACCUCAGCUGCUGCCGACGUCGUCUGCAACGGCAGCGCCUUGUGGAGCAUUGCCUUGCGCACGCAGGACCUCUCCUUUGCCUCAUCCCCACCUCGUCUGCACGCGAACCUUUCGGACGUGUUCAGCUACGUAUCGGGGAUGGACCUGGCUCUGGAGUGUGUCGCUGACGCAGCAUUGUCGACCGUGGCGCUGAGCGGGAGCACCGCAACCUCGAGCGGCGUGAAGCUGGGCGACGUUCCGGUCACGUUCAGCUAUGACCUGUCGGACUCGCGCAGCUGGACGUGGCAGCUCGGGAACGCGUCCUCGACGGCUCCAGACGCCGGGAUGUCGGCACUGGAGCUGCUUGACUCGCUGAACUCCCAGGCUGUCAAGCAAGCCAUCAUUGCGUUCGGCAUUCCAGGCAUUGCGCCGCCGAACGAUGAGAGCGGUUUCGCGGCUUCGAACAUCACCGCCAUCAGCGCAGCGGUCGCGUCUGAUGCGAAGUCGCUGGUGCUGCGAGGAGCCGGAACCUUCAUCAGUGGCGAGUCGACCGAGAUCGCCAUGCGCGUUGACGAGCUCGCCUCAGGUGCUCUCGAAGUAACCGCCUCCGGGGUCCGCGUGCCGGGCACGAACAGUGCGUUCCACACCCUGUUCGCUGUCAAGGGCCCCGCUCCAUGUGCCGGGAGCAGCUCGACCUUCACCACAGGCGCGUACGCGCUCCAGAUGGUGCAGCUGGACAGGUCGCAUCCUGCGAUCGGACGACCGGUCACGAACGCGUACAUCCCAGACUUGCGAUUGCGGAACUAUCAGAUCUCGACGCUGUGCGCCGACUUCCUCAUCGGCGAAGAGAAGUGCACCCUCGGGACCGUCCGCUUCGCAUGCGCCAACGGCGGAGUGAGCGACGCGUUUGCGACUUUCGACGUCAAUGUCACACAGGCGCUGCCGUCAGAGUUCAGCGGUGAGCCGGAGGCCGCUAUUCCAGCCUGGGACGAGUUUGCGCCCGACGUCGCAGGUCUUGGUGCGGUCGGACCCGUGCGAAACGCUUCCGGGUCGCUCUCUCUUGGCGCCGGCGUGCUCAACAUCACGGGCACUUUGAGCGCCCCAGGCAGCGACGCGUCCGUCAGCGUGGACCUCGGUUUCAACCUCGCGGACCCCUACUCCGCUGUCUCCGCCCACUUCGCGCUUCAGGCCGGCUCGACGCCCGUGCAGCUCGGCCAAGCUCUCGCGGCGCUGAACGUGGCGCCGGUCGCCGCUCUGAUCGAGCAGUCGGGACUGCCGGGUGUUGCCUUCGCCAAGCAUGUCUCGAGCGGGUCUGACUCGGGCUCUAGUCCAAGCAGCCUGAACGACCUUUCGGUCUCAACCCUCGACGUACGCCUGGAGCAAGAGUCCCUCGUCAUCGUUGUGGAUGUCGUCGUGGCCGGCAUGUCGGGCGUUGUUGCAUCGCACCGCCUGGAGGCUGACGCCAGCACGUGGGUGCAGAGCGCGGCGGGCUCGUCGUUCGACAGCGCCCCUACUCUCACGGCGAUGUCGCUGGACAUCACAGGUGGCGACGUGCGGGUCUCCCUGAGCGGCAACGGACGCCCAUGUGGGCUGUGUGCUCCUUUCACAGGUUCCGUCUUGCUCAGCGUGCCCGGCGUGAGCGUGGGUGGAGCGCGCGACGGCAUCGUCAUGUCGGGUCCGGCGUUCUUCAACUGUUCGACCAGUGGUGCCCCCCCCGCGACCGACUUCACCAUCCUCGGCACAGGGCUGACGGGCAACGUGAGCACGCUCGCGCUCGGAACGGUCGCCGCGCACAACAUGACGGCAACGUACCGCCACCAGGGCAGCAUGCUGUCGUUGACGGGCAAGGCGGACGGUGGCCACGAGGUCGCGGUCAACGUGGGGCGCCUCGGCGCGAGCGACGCCCCCGCUGACGCUGCUUUUGCGAUCCUCCCGUCGUUCCACCGCUAUCUGGAGCGAGCGUCGCUGUGUCGCGACACGAGAGUUGGAGUGACGUUCAACGCCUCGAAGGGCGCCGGCGACGUGUCAGACGGAGUCCCCGCCACGAUGAGCACCUUCACGUGUCCCGCCGUCACGCAGCAAGCGUGCCGCAGGGCCGAUGGCAGGGCGCGUGGAUCUUUCGAGCCAAUCCAGUGGCACCCCUGGCUGAGUUCGGCGAAGCACGUCUUCACGAACGGCACAAAUGCCACCUCGAGCAAUUUGACGAUCGCCGUCGACGCGGGCCAGCUUCCGAACUGCACAGUGCCCAUCCACGUGCCAGACAGCGAGGAGCUCCUCUCCUGCGAUCUCCCGCUGGUGGACACGUUCGCCGACCUGGACAGCCGAACGACAUUCGCUUCGCAGCCAGCAGGCAUCGCUGCCGCGGAGGGCGCAUCAUGCGCGUGCAGCACGUCGUGCGCGCCCGGGGCGACGCUAAAUGCGACGUCCUGCAACGUGGCAUGCAAUCAGACGGGCCUGCACGAGCUGCUGCGCCUCUCGGUGACGACACCCGCCGGCUCCGCAGUUGCCUUUGGCAAGGUGUUCACGGACGGCAUCGAGCCGCUGCUGCAGUCGCUGGCACUGCCCGCGCUGCUCGUUAGCACCCCAUCCAUGCUCGGAAACCUGUCCACCACGGGUCUAAGCGUCGCCUUCGACAACGUGAACGGCUGUGCCCGCGUUUCUGGGGACGUCGCCAUCCCUGGCAUUCGAGACCACUCGCUCGCGAUGUCCGCGUGCCGCAACGCGACGCUCCUCGGGAUGCAUGUCGCUCAGCGCAGCAACCCUGCGCAGGCUCGCUGCGUAUCCCUUGCGGACGGGUGGACGGGCGCGCGGAUGCCCAAGGACUACGGAGCCGCUCUUGUCGACGCAGCUUCGCAGCCCGUCGUCUCGGGCGCCGACGUCUUCGUCGCGCGGCAGCUAUCGCUGAACGUUUCGGCUCCGGGCGGCGGCGUUGAUGCUGUCGCGCUGGACGUUCCUGGCUGCGCAGCUGGUCCUGGCUUGCGAACGGCGUCUUCUGCGACGCUCGCGCUGAACCUCCCGGCGCUGUCGCUGCCAAGCACGCCGGCCAGUCUGACCGUCUCUUGCCUCCCGACAGGCGUCCUCGGAAAGCCAGUGUUCGGCGGACACGUCUUGUCAGCCACGGUUUCCACCGCCGACAUCGACAUCGGUGCUCACCGUCUCACGGUCAGCAACCCGACGUUCGAGCUGUCGAGCGCCAUGCGCGCUGUCGAGGCGCAGGCCACGGCUGGAGGCUUCGCGAUGCAGGCCUACGCGGCGGUCACGGAUGCUCUUGGGAACGUGGCGAAUGGAGACGAGGACUCGUUCUCCGUCGGACUCGCCCCGGGCGGUCCGUUCACCACGGUCUCUGCUUUGAGUCAACUUCUGGUCGGCUCGACUUUGUCUCGGGCCAUGUCUGCCGUCGGGAUUCCGGGCAUCAAUUCGACCUCGGACAGCCUAACCGUGCUGUCGUCGUUCACGCUGGAAGGAUCGAGGGACACGACGAUUCUGGGCGUGUCUUCUGCCCUUGACAGUGGGAUGACGCAUGAGUUCCUGGCGAAUUUCACUGCGUCUCCCGCCGUGGCUGCAAACGUCACCUUUGGCUCCCACAUCCUCAACAACCUCACAGCCUUGUCCGUCAAUGCAUCGAUGAAAGCUCCCAGCAGCACUGUGCAAGUUGCGUUCAACAGCAGCGACACGAACGUUGCCCUCGAGUGGGCUAGCGCGGGCGCCACCAUCACCUGGGGCUUCCAAAUGUGCCGCGACAGCCUCCAAGGGCCGCAACCGCAGCCAGCGUGCGGUGCUCCUGCCUUCUCGGAGUUCGGCGUGUGUGCGCCCAAGCGCGCCCAGGUCACGUUCGGGGCCAGCGGCACGCGCCUCGGAGACGCAGACUCCUUCCUCGGAUCUGGUGCCUCCGUGGCCGCCGCCGUCGGCGAGGUUGGGCUCCCCGGCCUCACACAGGUGCUGUCUUCUCAGGAAGCACAAGACGUGACCGUCCAGGGGGGCUCGAUGAUCAUCGACGUUGCAUCCAAGUGCGCGGACUUCGUCGGAGGCAUGGCGACCUCUGUCAACUCCGCCUUGGAGCUGCCGGAAUACGAGAUCUGCAAACCCUGCUCCGCGGGCGUCAGGCACAUCGGGCGCUUCAACGUCUCGGUCGUGGCGCAAAGUGGGACUGUCGCGCUGCAGUCGUCCGGGGUUGCGCCGUGCGUCGUGAUCGGCGCAGGCCAGCAGGCGCUGCCUGUGGUUAGCUCGGGCACAUACCUGUCCCCGCUGCCGUACGAGGCGUUGGUGACGUUCACGAUCGCUGAUGCCGGCAUUGGAGGGACGACGCCAGGGACGUUCACGCCUGUCUGUCAGCAGCAGACCCUCAUCGGAUACAGGGUCCGCGGAAUCGUGCCGUCGAUCAGCCUCGACACGUACCCGAUUGCGGUCUCGAUCAUCAACGCGACGUUGCAGUACUCCACGGUCGGCAACCAGCUCGCGGCGCUGUCGGUGAACAACGUCACUGAGACGCUCGUGCAGUUCGCCCCCGUGGGUGCCCGUCUGCAAAAGCUCAACUCUGUCAACCGGCAGACGAUGUCCGUCAGCGAGGUGCGGGGCAACUUCGGGGACCCCGUCGUGGACUGGCUACUGGAGCUUGGCACGCCGGGAAUGAACGACGCAGUGGACGCGCUGCGCGUCCCGUACAUCUUCGUGGAUCUCGACUUGUACGACGAAGCCGCCGACGCCUACAAUCUUGGCACCCUGAUGGCAGAGUUCAACCUCAGGCACGACGAACAGUUCGCACGCACGGAGCUGGGCCUGCGCGUGACGAUCCUGGACGCAAGAGAUCGUGCACUGGCGAGAACGGACGACGUCGACAUCGAGUUCGCCUCCACGUUCAUCGAGCAGAACCUGCCGCAGGCGGAAUGGCCGUCCGUGGGAGUCCGUGCUCGCGGCGUGUCUCCUUGCGGCGCGGGGGCUGAGGCGAACGUGACCGGCGCGCUGAUCCUGCUGAACAUGCCCUUCGGGCUCGGUUCUCCGAGCUUCGAUGCCACUGUGCAGAUCAUCUGCAAUGACACUCAGUUGGCCAACAUCGACGCCUUCGCGACUCUCGAGAAGCUCAACGUUCAGGUCGGCUUCGUUGUGCCGAUGCAAGACGUUCUUGUCACGGCGAAGAUGGGCGAGGGCUCUCUUUCCGUCGUGGGAGAUGUCCAGCGCCUCCGCGGUGACCUUUUCAUCCCCCUGCGUGGCCAGGCGGACUACCGCGACAACGUGCGGAUGUACAUCACGAGCCAGACCGACCUGACGUGGGCGGAGGUGCACACCAGUGCGGGCCCCAGUCUCGGAGACAGGCUGCGCCACACUGGCGCGCCAGGCGUCCAGCCGUCCCGCCUCUCGGACGGAGAGAUGAUCGUUCGCGACGGCCUCCUGCUGACUCUAGCGACAAGCUGGUUCUCCGCCUCGUACGAGUUGGAAGGCGACGUCGGCUCGCAGGCCAACGCGUUCGAAGUCGACUACCAGCUUGUCCGCGGUGCCCUCCCCGGGCGGUGGCUGUUCAACCAGACCAGCUUCACCGCCCACGUCAGGUGCAGCCGGGGCGCGGACGGGUACGUGGACACCUCGAACUGCACGAUGCAGGUCGACACCGCGGGCCCGGACCCCUGUCAGGAGUUCUACCUCGCGAGGGAAAACGGCACUCCGCUCCCGGAGAUCCCGGCGUGGAACGCGACGCUGCAGAUGCGGGACAUGGCGUUCGACAUCGGCAGCAUGAACGCGACGGGCGUCGUGAACUUCACGUGCUUGCGCCCCACGCGGGACAGGCCGUACGGCGAGAUCAACACGUGGCGCUUCGAGGGAAUGAAGCAGCUGAACCGAACGCUCGACGUGGGCCUGACCUUCAUCGAAAGUUUGGAGUCGACGCGGUUCGCGGUGUACUACGACGAGGGCCGCCGCAUCGCUGCUGCGCAACUGUUUGUGGGCAACUCAACUGCAAACAACACAGUGCCCAAGGGCGCUUUCGACAGCCUCUUGGACCUCUUGCUGUACCGGGAUCUGACCAUCACGGAGGAGGACGACGUCUGGCAUCUGUUCGAGCGCAUCACGGCAAAUUACAGGACGUUCCUGCUGGUGCAAGACCUCCAUGUUGAUGUCUUGCCGGUUGUUCGGGCGCGCAUCGACCGGUGCCUGGGCGAGUACGGAUGGAGCACAGGCCUGCUGGCUGGGUUCUUCACUUCUGAGUACAUCGACGGGUCCUUCGUGCACGACCUCACGUCCACACAGCUCUGGAGCAUCUCGAUGGCCAGCAUCGCGCCCAUCCCGCUGCGCAUCGUGCCGACGAUUCUCGAGGGGUACCUGUAUGAUUUCCUGACGGACUACGGCACCGCUCAGCUGGACGCCAAGUUGGACGAGGCGUUUGCUCGGGACAUUUGGCUGUAUCUGGACACGUUUGACCACGAACUCGGCUUGCCCACGGAGGGAGACCUCGACAUGGAAGGAGCAGUGCGCUGGGACGACCCGGACACGCUCACGCGGCUGAACACACUGGUGACGGCUACGUACGAGCGGGCGAGGACCGUGAACGCGACCUUGGUAGCGUUCGCGUGGGAGUACACACAAAUCUUCUUCGUCAGUGCCGAAGCUCCCAGACCGAGCAUGAUGGUCGUCAGCGUAGGCGGGUCGACGCCGUGUGGAACCGCAGCGGGUCCGGCAGCCACCCAGAACGUGGCAAGCGGCGACCUCGAGACAACGAACAUGCCGUACGGCAUCGGUGACAGGGAGAUGCCGGCGUCGGUGACGUUCACGUGCGUCGACGGCCGCAUCGACGACUUCAGAAUGCUUGCGCUGCCGGGCAGCUUCGACGUGGACCUGACGGACACCAAGGACGCGCCCGCUGACAAGACGCUGAUCGUUCCCGUGUUCUUCGCGGAGAUGACGUUCGAGCGCUCCACGGAGGACCUCACGGUGCUGGGCGAGACAGCGCGGCUCAUGGCGCUCCUGACGGUGUCGCUCGACCGGGCGCGCAACAACGUGGUCUCGGGCCUGCGUCUGUGGAACGACUGGGGCGACACCAAUCACAACGGGAUCUUGGCAAGCAUCGGCGAGCUGGCGCCGAUUUUCGACAACGCCGGCGUCCCCGGCAUCAUGCCAUACCGCUACUGGCUCUACAUGUCCCGACCAGGCAUGGAGAUCCGCGUCAAGAUCGUGUACGGCGUUCCAAAGAUCGGAGGUUCCUUCCCGCCGAUGGACAUCAACGUGCGCCUUCCGACCGAAAGUCGGGUGCUCGGGAUCGACAACGAGAUUGUCUCGGGGGCUUGGCUUGACGUUGAGUACUCGAUCGUGAAGAUCCGGUCGCGUGCGAUCGACUACUUUGUUGUUGGGGAUGUGUCUUUCGACACCGGGCAAAACUGCCGCUUCGGCGCCGACAAGUACAUCGAUCGGUCGACGUGCCGCUUGGUCGCAACAGGCAUCCGCGGCCCCAACCCGUGCUUCGAGCUGUACCGCUCCAUCGAGCUGGAAGAGCCCCUUGCGGGCACGCGCACGUGGUCCGGCUCGACGGCGACGUUCCGCGACCUGCCGCUCAGUACGCCAGACACGGUCGAGAGGGACUCGACAGUUCGUUUCUACUGCGAGACGCCGCGGACAGUCACCCCGUACGGGAGGCUGAACUCGUGGUUCCUGGAGGCGCUCUCGCCUCAGCCCAGCCCCUUCCGCGUGACGCUGGACUUCGUGCCAGACUGGGACGCGCAGCACUACGUCGCCUACUACGACGAGAGUCGUCGGAUGAUCGCUACGCACUAUCUGGCGCCGGCCAUGCCGCUGGCUGUGCCCAACCCGGGCUGGCUCUUGGUGGAUGCCUACCUGAUCUGGCUGCAGUACAUCGGCGAGGCGGAACUCGGUGGCACGGAGCAGUACGACGGCCGGGAGGACGUGUACAAGUUCGCCAUCGUGGGUCACAACCGCUCGAUCGUCUCGGACGAGCUGAGGUUCCUCCCGCUCAAUUUCGACACCAUUGUCGUCACGUUCGACGACGACACGCGGACCAUGUACGCUUACUCCGAGACACCGCUGGCGGAGACUGUGCUGUCCUACCAGGACCGCGAGGACAAGUUCCGCGGAGCCCGUUUCCGGCAGAAGUCUGCCAAGGCCAGCCUGGCCACUGUGGAGCAGAUGGCAGGCACUCUCCUGCGCAGCUGGGUGUACCAGCAGGGUCUGCCGGGCGCCAGGCUGAAGAUGUCGGAGGCGGCGAUCCAGGAGCUGUCCUACGUGAGCGGGCUCGAGGUCUACAUCGACCUGUUCAACGACGACACGCUGCAAUACAUCCCCGGGGGGCUCAUGAACGUCCAGGCGACGGCGCGGUACCCGCACGAGAACAACACGUACACGACGAACAUCGUCAUGGACUUCGUCGACGCGAUCUUCGACUCGCGCGUCCUCGUCAACUACCGCCUGACGUCCGGCUUCGAGUUCUUUGUCAGGGACGGCACCGGCGAGAACGUCGUGCCCGCGCCUGCGAGCUCUCUGCUUGUCAACGCCGAGUUCGAGGACAUCUGGCCUUGCAAGAACACCCUGGCUCACGACGUCCCGGCGCGCGUGCGAUUCGUGCGGGGGCCGUACGGGCUGUCGAGCUUCGACAGGGAGACGGGAGUCAACGGCCUCGACGCGCGCUGGUACCUCGUGUGCGACUCCAGCGGCAACAUGGUGGACUGGUCGGUCGUCGCUCAGAUGCCCGAAAUGUCCCUCAGCUUGGGACUGCCGAUGGUACCCGCCAGAAACAUCAGCUUCCUCCUGCGCAUGGAGGACGCUGUUGUGCGCGGUCUCGGAGUGGUCGCGGACGCUCAGAGCCCCGCGAACGCGCCGGCAAUGACCAUCUCCGUCACGGUCCCGCUCGAGCGAGACAGGAUGCGGACCCAGGCGGUUGCGGUGCUCGAGGUUGUGGACGACAUUCCUUUCGCUCGCAUGGAGCGCGACGUCGGGUACUUCCUUGGCUGGCACUUGCGCCGGGCCGGCAUUCCGGGGGUAUCCCCGACGGAGUUCGGAUCGUUCGAGGUUCUCGGCGGGACCAAGCUCGAGCUGCGGCAGCAACAAACUCUGUUCUACGGUGGCACGCAGGGGUCGCUCAAUGACUUCGGCACGAUGGUGGAGUUCGGAGUGCUGUCGCGCCGCCGUCUCGGUGGGAGUAUCUACGAGUGGUACCAGGCCGAGAUGAACGGCACAGUGGGCACGAUGUGUUCCGUGCCGAGCACGGACAACAAUUUCUACGUGCCCGACACGAGCUGCAAGAACGUCGCGUACUUCAAGGGAACCGACCCGUGCUACGAGAUGACGCUGAAUGGGCUGCCAGCCCCGCGCAACUGGAUCGUUCCGGGCAUUAUGCGCGAUGCGCCGUUCAACAUGCCGGACCUCGCCACCAGGGGCAACCUGACGUGGCAGUGCGCUGCCCCGCGCGGAGAUGCGCCGUUCGGCUACAUCAUCGGGUUCCGCGUCAACUCGCUCGUCGAGGGCUCCAGCGCGCAGGGCCGCAGGAUGCAGGAAGCGAUGGCGUUCCAGCUCGUGGGGCAGAUGGGCUUCUUGGCCCCGUUCCCGGGAAUCGCGGAAGUGAACCUGACGGCGUCGGUCUCGAUGUCGCCUGUCGAGGGCAUCACCAUCGGGUACGAUCUCCUGAGGAACAUGUUCGUGUUCCGCUUUGACUGGGAUCCUUCAGGCUCGAACGAAGAGAUCGAGUGGACGGAGAUCGACGAGCUGUUCUCGUUGGCCAUCGACGAGGGCGCGCCUUUCCCCAACAAGAUUGUCGGCGACCUCAAGGACUAUUUGUCGAAGGACCCCGCGAAGAUGGCGGAAGAUGCCGCCGCUGGCGCCAUCGCCAAGGUGACACAGACGAAGAUGGUGAUCCAACUGAGGGGCACGCCGAGCUUCCAGGGCGCCGGCGCCAUGCAGUUCAAGGACAUCCGGGACAUCGUCGGUCUAUUCGACGCUGCGACGGGUAGCUUCACGGGCAUGGUUACGACCAAGUACUUCAAGGGCGUGUUCGACUUCCAGGUGCCGGGCACGUACAUCAUCAACGGCGCGCCGAGAGAGCAGCCGGCCGGUCUGCGCGGUCUCGACGUCUCGCAGCGUGAAUACGACCCGGCCACGGGUGACGGUGGUCCGCUGGGCUGGCUGGACCUGCUGGACACAGUUGGCAGUGGUGUGUUCACGGUGCUCACGGAGCUCGCUUCCGGACAGGAAGCCACGUCACCCGACUUCUUCAGCACGCUCGGUGGAUCCGACUUGAACAACAUGCUGACGUUCAGUGGUUUGUAUUUCACGAUCAACGGGUUCGACUACGGAACGAUGGAGCUCGUCGACGGCACCAUGUGGGCCGGCGGGCUUCUGACUGUCGGAGGCACGUUCUUCGCCGGUUCGGUCGACGCGACGUUCUACCAGCUGCCGUGCAGCAACUCCUCGACUUCGUACUUGUGGGAACUGGGCUCUCCAGACCCGGAAGACGUGGCAGCGUGUGUGGAGCAGAGGGCGCAACGCCAGCUCGCCGUGGACGCUGCCACGCGGCGCAGUCUGUUGGCCUUCGAGGACCCGAGCUCCGGCGCCCUGUCUGGCGACGCGUCCCUCAUCGGCGAUACCAACCCUCAGGAGGUCCUCCUGACCCCCGCUGGGAGCCAGGCUCGCCAAGGCGCUGUGGCGUGGCAGGGUUCUGCGGGCAGCACGGUGUCGGUGUCGUUCGAGGUGCGCAUCAGCAAGACGGCUGCCGGCAGCGACCUGCCGGACAUGCAGGCGCUGUGGUUCUUCUUCGGCACUGCUGAGCCAGUCACGGCUACGGCGGUGACGGGCAGCGUGCGCGUCGUGCGCGCGACCGGCACGGCAUCGACGUACCGCUUCUCGGUGGCUGCGCCGGCGGGCGGGCUGCCGGACGUGGCGAACGUGCAGCUGUGGCACGGCAUUGGCGCGCGGCACUCGGCGCUGGAGGCGUACACGCGGGUGCGGUCGCUGUCGGGCGGGCCGGGAGCGAUCGAGAUCCGAACUGGAGAUGCGCUCACGUGCGAGUACGUCGGCGCUGGAGCCGGCGACCAGGGGCAGGACCCGAUCGGCCGGAUCUUCGGUGACGAAGGCGACGACAACCGUAACAACACGAAGCCCAUCGACAUCUUCCAGGAGGCUGAGGGGAUCAACCAGACCCCGGACUCCUGCAUCGAGGAGACCCCUGUUGGGAACGUCAACAAUUGCGAAAAGGACGACCUCGGGGACCAGGCGGUCACUGACGAUCCAGAGGACGUCAUCUGCGACUGUCAGGCAGAUGCGGGCGGGCCCGUCGUGGCGGUGAACGGGACGCCUGCAAGUGCGACUCCUGCCGACACCAUCGGCACGGAGAUCAUCAUCGGGUUCUCUGUCAAGCUGGAAGAUAUCGGGAUGUCGGAGCCGCUCUCGGGCGACUUCAAGAUCAACCGGGUUUGCGCCCCUCCCGAUGCCCGGCACAACAAGGGCUGGGUGAAGACCACGAAGCUGUCCACGGCGUCAAUCUUCGACGUUUUCAAGCGCCAGGUCGAGUCCAUCGUCGUCGACGCGCUGGAGGAGUUGCUCGGAGACUCGCUCGUGCGCUCCGUGGCUGGAUCAGUCCUGGACGAAGACACUGGCAUCCUGGGCACAACCAUCCGCCAAGCAAUCGAAGGCGCUGGCCUGUCGUCCAUGGUCGCCGAGAUCGAGACGCAACUGGGCGUCGGCGACGUCGCGCAGCUCGCUUCGGACGUGUCGGCGACCACUGGGGGGGCGCUCGAGUCCAAGAUGAGCGACCAGGUGCUCGGGAACCUCGGGGUGACCGUUGCGCUGAGCAGUGCGCUGGACGCCGCCUCGGACGCCACGCUCUCGACCGCUUUGCAGCAGGGGGCGAUUGUCGAUGCGGACGCGCUCUGCGCAAGCAUUACGGCGUAUGCUGCCUCUGAGGCAGUCACACUCGCCGACUCCCUGACGUCUGUCGUCAUGGACGGGCUGGCGGCAGUCGGGGGCGUGGAGGCCUCGGUGCGAUCGUCGAUCCGGAGCCUGAUCGAAGACGCCGGAGGGCUGGGCGAGACAGUGACGAAUGCUGUAUUCGCUUCCAUCCCUGGGCCAGUUCUCGGUGUGGUUGUCGACAGCGCACAAGCAGCCGUCGAAGACGCAAUCCAGUCUGCUGCCUCCGACUUGACGGCCGCGGUGUCUGGGUCGGUGACCGGCGCGCUGCGCAGCGCCGUGCACGCGGCGUCUCAGCAGGCCAUCGAGGGCGUCCUCGCUGGCGGGCAGGCGGUGUGCGGUGCUGUGCGCGAGGCGGUGGCGCGCGCGGUGGAGGAGGCGGUGAUGCGGGCGCUGGCGGAGCACGGCGGGUCGUGCGCGGUGGGGUCGGUGGCCGACGGCGCGAUGGUGCAGGCGGCUGUGCUGCAGGGGCUGGGCGAGGGCCUGGUGGCGGACGUGCGCACCGAGGUGGAGACGGCGGUGCAGGCGGCGGCGAGCGUGCAGGCGGCGCUGGCGGGCGGCGCGAACGCGUCGGCGGUGGCCGCGGAGGUGUCGGCGCGGGCGCUGGCGGCGAUGGCCGAGGGCGCGGCGGCUGAGGUGGCGGCGGUGGUGCAGCGGGGCGUCGAGCAGGCGUACUCGGCGCCGCUGCGGGAGGCGCUGCUUGCGGCGGGCGGGUCGACGGUGCGGGCGGCGAUCCGCGCCGCCGUCGCGGGGGCGCAGCAGGACCCGGUGGGCGCGUUCGACAACGUGGAGGCCAUGCUGCUGGCCGAGGCUGGGGGCCUGCGGGCGGCGGGUCUUGACGCGGUGUCGGCUGUGGUGGGGGCGUCGGUGGGCGUGGAGGGCGUGGUGCGGGCGCUGCGCUUGGCGGCGGAGACGGAGGUGGCCCGCGGCACGGCGGUGGCCGAGGCGCUGGCGGACAGCGUGGGUGCCGCUGCGGAGGCUGACGUGCGGAGCAUUACGGCGGCGGCGGCGCGCGGCGCGGUGGCGGCGCUGGGUCGCGCGGCGUCGGCGGAGGCGGUGGUGCGGAAGGUGGUCGCGGACGUGACGGCUGAGCUGGCUGGGUGCAUGGACCUGGCGCGUGCUGUGUCUGGCGACGUGGAGAGCGCGGUGACGGACGUGGCUGCGGGCGUGGUAGCGGCGGCGGACGCGGAGAGCGUGGCGGCGUCGGUGGUGCGGUCGAUGAGCGCGGCGGUGUCGCGGCGCGUGACGGCGCUGGCUGGCGAGGCUGGUGCGUUGGCGGUGGCGACCCGCGAGGCAGUGCGCGGGGCGGUGGAGACGGCGACGUCGGCGGACGUGCAGGCGGCGGCGGCGCGGGCUGUGGGCGGCGCGGCGAGCGACGCGGAGGCGACGGCGCGCGCGGUGGCCGGGCGCGUGGUGAGCGAGGUUGUGCGCGAGGUGCAGAGCCGCGUGGACGGGUUGGUGCUGACGGCGGUGCGCGACGCCGCGUCCUCAGGGAGCUCGGGCAGCGUGCAGAGCGCGAUGAGCGGCGCGCUGUCGGCGACGGCGCAGGAGGCGGUGUCGGGCGCAGUCGCGAACGGCAUCACGGACCCUGGCACCGUGGUAACGGCACUGAAGCAAGCCCUCAGGGGCGCGCCGGUCAACUCGUCCGGGGCAGUCGACCUUGCCACACUCGUAUCUACUCGUAUCGGAUCGCGCGUUGUCGGUGUCGUCUACGCAACGAUUGAGGCCGAGCUCUGCGACAUUGUGGACGAGUCGAUCUCGAUUGCAAGCAGCGAGGAGUUCGUCGACAAUGCAGUGGCGCUCGAGAGCUCGGGUAGCAUGUCGGCAGCAACUGCGGCAUCGAUCAGAGAAGCCGUCGUUGCUUCCCUGGGAGACGGGAUCAGAUUCGACAUGAAGCGGGCCGUCACCACGAACGUUGUGCACGCUGUCAAGGACAAGAUUUCGCGGUCCGUGUCGACCGCCUACUCGGAGGGCGUCAGCGGGGCUGCGCGCAGCGCUGCGUCGGCGGCUGUGUCUUCUGCAAAGGAGUCCUUCAUUCAGCUGGUGAGCGAGAGCCUGGCUCCGCUUGCGACACAGGCCCUGCAGGCGGAAGUCAACUCGGCCAUGGCCAAUGUCGGAGGGAACUUUGACGUGGCAGAGGCCGUCAACAGUGCUCUGAACGUGGAGUUUGCAACUGUCCGCGAGUCUAUCAUGACGGUGCUCCAGGAGGCCGGUGCGGAGAUCACGACGACAGUGUCGCGGAUCGCAGUCGCGACGAGUGAGUCGGUGUCGCGCGAGCUGGCGCGCCUGACUUCAGGACAGGUCCUUCGAGAUGUUGCGGACACCGCGAUUGCAAGCGUUCGAAGGUCCCUGGCCGCCGCGAUAUCUGUCAUCGCGAAUGCGAUCACGGAGGGCCUGGAUGCGGCGGAGCAGCUCAGCGACUUCGACGCAGUCUGCAGGGCGGUCUCGAAAUCGGUGGGAGAUGUGGUGACGACGGUGGAGAGCCUGGUGACCGGAACUGUGCUUGCGGAGACUGUCGACGCGGCAGCGAGCGCCGCUGCGACGGCGCUGUCCUCGUACAUUGGCAGCGCGGCCAGCAACGCCGUGCGUAGCGCCCUGUCCGAGGCGUCCUCGAGCCCUCUGAGCCAGCAGGUUGUGCAGGCAGUGGAGGAGGCGGUCAGGUCGACUGCCUCGGCAUCGAUCAUGGACGUAGCGACCCAGGUGUCCAACGCCACGAACGACAUCCUCGCCGACGUUCUCGACGGGCCGGUGACUGAUGCCAUCAGCGUUGUCGCUGACCUCACCACAGAGACGAGCGGCAAGGGUUGCGCGUCGAUCGUGAUGUCGGUUGUCGCCGCCGUGCUCAGGGACACGGUCGUCGGGCGGAUGGCGCAGGACAUCCAGGACGACAUCAAGGCUCGGCUGGUGGAGGAGGUCACUGAUCCAAACAACGGCGCGAUGGCAGGCGUGCUUUCCACCGUGCUCGGCGACGAUCUCGGAGGGAUCAUUUCUGAUUCCAUCGUGGAGGUCGUCUCUGGCUCAGCGAAUUCUUCUUCUGAGGGGGUUGCUGCUGCUGUUGCCGGCCAUGUUGCUGCAGAGCUUGCCAGUCGUGCUCUUGCCGAGGCAAGCCCGCUCAUCAUCCGCGAGAUUUCCGCGUUCGUCGACAAGGGAGCGAACUUCGCAGAAGUUUCGCGAUCGCUGGACAGUGCGCUCAUUCAGGGAGCCCUUGAGAAUGGCACUGCGACGCUGGAAGGAAGUCUGCUCCAUAACAUGAGUGGAAUCCACCAGGGUGCUCUGCCGGACGCCCAGGCGCUGUGCGAGGGUGUGGCGUCAGCCGUCACCGCGCAAGCAGCCAGCCUGGCAGAGAGCGUGGCUCAGGCUAUCGUGGACGAGCUGGAGGCGCUGGGCGGCGUGGAGGCGACGGCGCGGGGCGCGAUCAUGGGCGUGGUGGCGGACGCGGCGGCGCUGGCGGACUCGGUGGAGGCGGCGGUGGCAGGCGCGGUUCCAGGCGCCCUGCUGGGUGUGGUGGUUGACGGUGCGCGGGCGGCGGUGGACGACGCGGUGCGGUCGACGGUCAACGGGGCUGCGCAGGCGCUGUCUGGGUCGGUGACCGGCGCGCUGCGCAGCGCCGUGCAGGCGGCGUCUCAGCAGGCCAUCGAGGGCGUCCUCGCUGGCGGGCAGGCGGUGUGCGGUGCUGUGCGCGAGGCGGUGGCGCGCGCGGUGGAGGAGGCGGUGAUGCGGGCGCUGGCGGAGCACGGCGGGUCGUGCGCGGUGGGGUCGGUGGCCGACGGCGCGAUGGUGCAGGCGGCUGUGCUGCAGGGGCUGGGCGAGGGCCUGGUGGCGGACGUGCGCACCGAGGUGGAGACGGCGGUGCAGGCGGCGGCGAGCGUGCAGGCGGCGCUGGCGGGCGGCGCGAACGCGUCGGCGGUGGCCGCGGAGGUGUCGGCGCGGGCGCUGGCGGCGAUGGCCGAGGGCGCGGCGGCUGAGGUGGCGGCGGUGGUGCAGCGGGGCGUCGAGCAGGCGUACUCGGCGCCGCUGCGGGAGGCGCUGCUUGCGGCGGGCGGGUCGACGGUGCGGGCGGCGAUCCGCGCCGCCGUCGCGGGGGCGCAGCAGGACCCGGUGGGCGCGUUCGACAACGUGGAGGCCAUGCUGCUGGCCGAGGCUGGGGGCCUGCGGGCGGCGGGUCUGGACGCGGUGUCGGCUGUGGUGGGGGCGUCGGUGGGCGUGGAGGGCGUGGUGCGGGCGCUGCGCUUGGCGGCGGAGACGGAGGUGGCCCGCGGCACGGCGGUGGCCGAGGCGCUGGCGGACAGCGUGGGUGCCGCUGCGGAGGGUGACGUGCGGAGCAUCACGGCGGCGGCGGCGCGCGGCGCGGUGGCGGCGCUGGGUCGCGCGGCGUCGGCGGAGGCGGUGGUGCGGAAGGUGGUCGCGGACGUGACGGCUGAGCUGGCUGGGUGCAUGGACCUGGCGCGUGCUGUGUCUGGCGACGUGGAGAGCGCGGUGACGGACGUGGCUGCGGGCGUGGUAGCGGCGGCGGACGCGGAGAGCGUGGCGGCGUCGGUGGUGCGGUCGAUGAGCGCGGCGGUGUCGCGGCGCGUGACGGCGCUGGCUGGCGAGGCUGGUGCGUUGGCGGUGGCGACCCGCGAGGCAGUGCGCGGGGCGGUGGAGACGGCGACGUCGGCGGACGUGCAGGCGGCGGCGGCGCGGGCUGUGGGCGGCGCGGCGAGCGACGCGGAGGCGACGGCGCGCGCGGUGGCCGGGCGCGUGGUGAGCGAGGUUGUGCGCGAGGUGCAGAGCCGCGUGGACGGGUUGGUGCUGACGGCGGUGCGCGAGGCUGCGUCUGGGAACGGCACGGGCAGCGUGCAGAGCGCGAUGAGCGGCGCGCUGGCGGCGACGGCGCGGGAGGCGGUGUCGGGCGCGGUCGCGAGCGGCACGGCGGACGCUGGUGCGGUGGCGGAUGCCCUGCGCGGUGGGCUGAGCGGGUCGUCAGGCAGGGCGUCGAGCGACGUGCUGGGGUCGAUCAGGGGUCGGGUGGAGGCCGAGAUGGGCACGCUGGACGUGAGCGCGGCCGCGGAUGCGGCGCUCGCCAGCGGCGUGGUGCGGUCCGCACUCGAGGCUGUGGGACUGAGCGACAGCUUGGUGGCGUCGGUCGAGAGCGAAGUGCGCGCGGCGCUGUCAGGCCGCGCGACCGACACGGAGGCAUCGCUGCGGGACCGCGUGGCGAGCGGUGUGGAGAACACGCUGCGGGCAGCAGUGCUGCAAGGCCUGAGCGGGUCGGUGCUCGGGCAGGCGCGCGCGGCUGCCGCAGGGGCCCUCGCGGGGCAGGUACAGCAGCUGCGGCGUGACCUCGAGGCACAGAUCUCGACAGAGAUUUCGACAGCUGUGGCGGACGGCCUCGCAGAGCUGUCGAGUGUUGCAGAGAUUGGCCGCACCCUUGGUCCGGUGAUUGAGGUGCUGAUGCAGAGCGCUCUGGAAGGACCCACCGCAGCGGUCACCGCAGAGCGUGUGUUGGCAGACGUGAUCGCUGCGAGGGACGCUGCCCUUGGCUUCGCACGGGGCAUCUCGUUUGCCUUUACCGAGGCCAUGGCAGCAGGAACUCUCCAGUCCACGGCCGAGGACAUCAUCGACGACGUGGUUGCCGGCGUCAAGAGGCGCUUGACGGCCGCCAUGGACGAAGUGCGCGCGGCGAUCGACGCUGUGGUGCCGCCCACGGGAGACUUCACCAGCCUCGACCCGACGUGUGUUAGCGUGAUGGAAGCGGUGCAAACCGUCGCCGCGACGGUCGACGGAGUGGUUUCCGGCGGCACGGUUGCGGCCAUCGCGAAUGACAUCGAGCAGGUGGUUCUCUCGGCAGUGCGUCGGAAUGCCGAUGCCGCGAUGACGGGUGUCAUUGACGACGCUGUAUCCAGGUCUUCCAAUGGCGCGUCCGUGACGUCGGGCCUGCUCAACGCUGUCAAGACGGCCAUUCUGACCACCGUCGACAGGGAGCUUGGCCGCGUCACGGGCGCUGUGGUGGACUCGCUGGUCUCCACGAUCGACACGCUUCUCUCUGGGAGUGCUGCCGACACCAUUUCGAAGCUGACGGGUUUCGUCGGCGGGGUCGAGGGCGACAACUGCGUCUCCAUCAUCGUCAGCGUGAUCCGCGGAGCGCUCCGCGGCACUGUCGUCGGGCGAACGAUCGAGGAAGCCAGGGUGUCAGUCCGUGACAGAGUCCAGGAGCAGAUCACUGCCGCGGACGGAGUGAUCAGCGGAGCUGUCUCUGGCGUCUUCGGCGUGCCGGUGUUCGGCGACGUAGCGCAGGCCGUCAGGGGCGUCGUCUCGGGCAACAUUGAUGACCCGCAAGGCUCUGCAAACAUGCUGUCGAACACGACGCGUGACGCAAUCCUCUCCAAGGCAGCCGACCUGGCUCUCCGCGGACUGACAACGUACGUCAGCGGCGGGAUCACGAACAGGACGGUGUACGACGCCAUCCAGGGUCUGCGGUCCAAGGCCGAGGGCGCAGUCAAGGAGGCCGUGCUGACGUUCGCGCUUGACAGCAGCCAGCUCACGGCCAAGCGCAUCAUGUCGUCGCGGCGCUCGCUGAUGGCCUUCGAGGACCCGAGCUCCGGCGUCCUGUUCGGCGACGCGUCCCUCAUCAGCGGCACCAACCCUCAGGAGGUCCUCCUGGCCCCUGCUGGGAGCCAGGCCAGGCUCGGCUCCAUCGGCUGGCUGGACGUGUCCGGAAGCACGGUGUCGGUGUCGUUCGAGAUGCGCAUCAGCAAGACGGCUGCCGGCAGCGACCUGCCGGACAUGCAGGCGCUGUGGUUCUACUUCGGCACUGCUGAGCCAGCGAGCGUGCGUGAGACGGACCCGCGCGGAGGCGUGCUGCUGUACAUGUACGCGGUGUCGUCGACGAGCGACGAGCUGGGCGUGCGCACGGGUACAGCGGGGACGCUGCAGACUUGGCAGCAGUCGAACGCAACCCUGUUUGGGCAGUGUGCGACCGGGUGGUGCUCGGUGAGCGCGACGUUCAACGUCGCGGCUACGGCGGUGACGGGCAGCGUGCGGGUCGUGCGCGCGAGCGGCGCGGCGUCGACGUACAGCUUCUCUGUGGCUGCGCCGGCGGGCGGGCUGCCGGACGUGGCGAACGUGCAGCUGUGGCACGGGAUCGGGGCGCGGCACUCGGCGCUGGAGGCGUACACGCGGGUGCGGUCGCUGUCGGGCGGGCCGGGAGCAGGCGCGCCGCAGUCGCCCGACAUGCUCGUGGAUGCUCUGCCGGACGCCCAGGCGCUGUGCGAGGGUGUGGCGUCAGCCGUCACCGCGCAAGCAGCCAGCCUGGCAGAGAGCGUGGCUCAGGCUAUCGUGGGCGAGCUGGAGGCGCUGGGCGGCGUGGAAGCGACGGCGCGGGGCGCGAUCAUGGGCGUGGUGGCGGACGCGGCGGCGCUGGCGGACUCGGUGGAGGCGGCGGUGGCAGGCGCGGUUCCAGGCGCCCUGCUGGGUGUGGUGGUUGACGGUGCGCGGGCGGCGGUGGACGACGCGGUGCGGUCGACGGUCAACGGGGCUGCGCAGGCGCUGUCUGGGUCGGUGACCGGCGCGCUGCGCAGCGCCGUGCAGGCGGCGUCUCAGCAGGCCAUCGAGGGCGUCCUCGCUGGCGGGCAGGCGGUGUGCGGUGCUGUGCGCGAGGCGGUGGCGCGCGCGGUGGAGGAGGCGGUGAUGCGGGCGCUGGCGGAGCACGGCGGGUCGUGCGCGGUGGGGUCGGUGGCCGACGGCGCGAUGGUGCAGGCGGCUGUGCUGCAGGGGCUGGGCGAGGGCCUGGUGGCGGACGUGCGCACCGAGGUGGAGACGGCGGUGCAGGCGGCGGCGAGCGUGCAGGCGGCGCUGGCGGGCGGCGCGAACGCGUCGGCGGUGGCCGCGGAGGUGUCGGCGCGGGCGCUGGCGGCGAUGGCCGAGGGCGCGGCGGCUGAGGUGGCGGCGGUGGUGCAGCGGGGCGUCGAGCAGGCGUACUCGGCGCCGCUGCGGGAGGCGCUGCUUGCGGCGGGCGGGUCGACGGUGCGGGCGGCGAUCCGCGCCGCCGUCGCGGGGGCGCAGCAGGACCCGGUGGGCGCGUUCGACAACGUGGAGGCCAUGCUGCUGGCCGAGGCUGGGGGCCUGCGGGCGGCGGGUCUGGACGCGGUGUCGGCUGUGGUGGGGGCGUCGGUGGGCGUGGAGGGCGUGGUGCGGGCGCUGCGCUUGGCGGCGGAGACGGAGGUGGCCCGCGGCACGGCGGUGGCCGAGGCGCUGGCGGACAGCGUGGGUGCCGCUGCGGAGGCUGACGUGCAGAGCAUUACGGCGGCGGCGGCGCGCGGCGCGGUGGCGGCGCUGGGUCGCGCGGCGUCGGCGGAGGCGGUGGUGCGGAAGGUGGUCGCGGACGUGACGGCUGGGCUGGCUGGGUGCAUGGACCUGGCGCGUGCUGUGUCUGGCGACGUGGAGAGCGCGGUGACGGACGUGGCUGCGGGCGUGGUAGCGGCGGCGGACGCGGAGAGCGUGGCGGCGUCGGUGGUGCGGUCGAUGAGCGCGGCGGUGUCGCGGCGCGUGACGGCGCUGGCUGGCGAGGCUGGUGCGUUGGCGGUGGCGACCCGCGAGGCAGUGCGCGGGGCGGUGGAGACGGCGACGUCGGCGGACGUGCAGGCGGCGGCGGCGCGGGCUGUGGGCGGCGCGGCGAGCGACGCGGAGGCGACGGCGCGCGCGGUGGCCGGGCGCGUGGUGAGCGAGGUUGUGCGCGAGGUGCAGAGCCGCGUGGACGGGUUGGUGCUGACGGCGGUGCGCGAGGCUGCGUCUGGGAACGGCACGGGCAGCGUGCAGAGCGCGAUGAGCGGCGCGCUGGCGGCGACGGCGCGGGAGGCGGUGUCGGGCGCGGUCGCGAACGGCACGGCGGACGCUGGUGCGGUCGCGGAUGCGCUGCGCGGCGGGCUGAGCGGGUCGUCAGGCAGGGCGUCGAGCGACGUGCUGGGGUCGAUCAGGGGUCGGGUGGAGGCCGAGAUGGGCACGCUGGACGUGAGCGCGGCCGCGGAUGCGGCGCUCGCCAGCGGCGUGGUGCGGUCCGCACUCGAGGCCAGUGGCGGGCUCCAGGUCACCGACCGACUGGUUUCCGCCGUCGAGGAUACGAUCGCACUUGCGCUGGCUGGCCGAUCAGGCAGCAUGGAGGUCUCGCUGCGCCGCCGUGUGGCGGCUGCCGUCGAGAGCCAGUUGCAGCAUGCAGUCACGCAGGGAGUGAGCGGGUCGGUGCUGGGACAGGCGCGUGCAGGCGCCACGAUGGCGCUGAGAUCCGAGCUCGACGCAUUCACCACGCGGGUCUCGAACGACGUGCUGCGCACCCUGUCGAAGGCGCUUGCCGACACUGUGCACAUCCAGCUGCUUCCGGCGGAGAUGGGGCAGCUGCUGGCACCCCUCGUCUACGGCGACGUGUCUGCCAGCAUCGCCACUGAUCUCGCCGAGAAGGUUGCUUUGCGGGUUCGCAGCGCCCUCGAGAGAGCCGCGGACCUGGCCCGGGGGGUGUCAGAGACGACCGUGUCUGCGGUCUCGGCCCUGUUCCAGGAGCGGACGAUCAAGUCCCUCGCGGACAAGGUCACCACUACCGUCAACGAGCAGAUGUCCGGGAUCAUGGACCAGUUCGAACAAGCCCUCGACGCACCGCUGGAAAGCGUGCUCGUCGACGUGGUCAAGGUCGCGAUCGCGGGAGACGCGGACUCGAUCUGCGACUCUGUCGUCAGCGUAGUUGCUGCUGGCGCAUCCGCGACCGUGACAGACAUCGCAGCCGUCGUCAGCGGACGCCUGACCGCGUCCCUGCGCGGGGCAGUGAACCAGACCAUCGUUGAGUCGAUGCUGGUCCUUUCUGGAGAAGUGCAGCGCGGGCUGAGGGACGCGGACAUCACGUUGUCGCGCCCGCUGCUUGCGGAGGUUGUGGCGGCCGUGCGGGACACGGCGUCCAGCUCCGUCGCCGAGCCGGCGGUGCUCCUGCUCGAGGACAAGGUCGUCAACGGGACGCGCGACGCGUUGCUGGCGGCGAUCGAGGACGUGAUCUCGGGGAGCCUGCGCGACGCAGUUUGCGGGCAAGUCGCCUCGGCGACCUCGGGCACGGAGUUCUUCGCGCCCGUCUUCGACGCGGUGAAUCUCGUGGUCGACGGCGUUGCCGGCGGUCUGGCCGACCAGCUCGCGAGCUGGGGCCUGGACAUGAAUUUCUUGAAUCUGGACUUCAUGGACCCCUUCCUCCCGAGCGACUUCGACUUCGGCUACGAAACGACGCGCGGCACGUUCUGGUUUGAUGCAGUCUUCAACGACGCCAUCCGCCUGAACUUCCAGCGAGCCGCCAGUCCGGACGGCACGCGGACGAACUACGCGCCGACCUUCGAGCUCGUCCGGUCGAUCACAGUCUGGGACGUGUUUGGCAUUCUCGGGGACAUCCUGGACUCUGCUGGCCUGUUCGACUUCUCGGCCGUGCCGUUUAUGAAGGUGCUGGAGCCCUACCUGGACUUCGGCAUCGCGCAUGGCUCCUUGCUGUCGAUCCAGAAGGACGACAAGAAGGGCGUGUACAGGUUCUUGUUCGACGGUGCAAUUCUGCUCCCUCCAGCCGCUGGACAGCUCGACCAGGACGAGGGCUUCAAAUCGUACGACCCGCAAGGAGGCUACGGGCUCGCACCUGGCGAGGACGUGCCGUUCGUCAUCCCGUCGGACCGCCUCGGGAUCAGGACAGCGUUCACCGUCGAGAAGCCCAUGUCCGGAGGAGGCGCGAAAGGCGGGUUCGUCUCUAUCAGCGUCGUGGACAUGGUCAACGUCAUCAGCUCCAUCGGCGGGAUCGACUGGCUGCCGCUGUGGUUCGACAUCAUCGGAGUGACGGACGAUCCGCGCAAGGCGUCGCAGUUCGACCUGGUCUUCUCGCUCGGCAAGCGCGGUGAAUACCCGAAGCUGCUCCGAGAGGACGUCCUGCGCGAGUCCGCGAGCUUCCACGAGGGGCAGGGCGUCGGUCGCGGCGGGGGCGCGACGCUCCCGGAGGAGCAAGUCCGCCGCAUCUUCAGCAACGACCCCAUGGUGAUGUGGAUCGACCCUGACGCGGCUCGCGGAGGAAUCGUAGGAACGCUGCUGCAGAUCAUCGGUGCGGUCAUGGACGCGGCCUUCGGGCCGGCCAUCGACGUUCAGAUCGUCCCUGUGGGCUUCGCGGCGAUCGACCUGAGGGUGUUUUCUGUUGCCGACAUCGAGAUCAGCGAGAAGAUCUGGAUGACGAACAUCUUGAUGGAGAUCACCAUCGACAUGACUCCCACGCCGCCGUUCGGGUUCGGCUUGGAGUUCCACUUCCUGGUCGACACCGCGGAGGGAGAAAGGGAGCUGAUCUUUGGGUUGGUGCUCAACUUUGACUACAAGCUGGGUGCGCUUGGAGGAGAGGUGUACCUAUUUGUCGAAGGAGGGGGCUUACGGCUGACGCGCUCACUCGUAAUUUACGAGAUCUACUUGUCGACCUUGAUCCAGAUCCCGUCGCUCGUACCGCUGGAAUUCCUGAUGUCCGUCGACGGCCUUUACGGCGACAUUGCCCUGAAGGGCGCCGUGUUCAUGGACUUCACAAACCCAUCCAAGCCCGGGUUCGCAUUCAAGGUGAAUGUCUUCGGACUCUUCGGGCGCGAGAUCUCGAGGGCCAGCCUCAUCCAAGGGCUCCUCGACGACGUGAUGUGGGCCCUGGCGCCGAACGAGCCGACGAUCCAGCUCCCAGACAUGGUGCGGAAGGGCUUCGAGAUCUUCAGGAAAGUCAGGAGCGCGCGCGUCAGCUUCAACCCCCUGCCGCUCGUAUAUCGCGUCGGCACCCAAGUCAUCGAAAUGGGCUACAUGGCGGAGGUGGAAGACUUCAGUUACCUGAUGUUCGAUAUCCUCUAUGCCAAUUUCGAGUACAAGUUGGAUCCGCUCCCGAAGAUCGAGGCGGAGCUCAACAUAGCGCCCGUCAACUUCUACGACAUCGCCGAGAUGUACUUCGCGAAGAACGAGACGAACCGGGGACCGUACUGCUACCUGCGGGCCACCAUGCAGCCAAUCGGCCGCCGGGCAGCAACGGAGGAGUCCCCAAGCGCGCUCGCCGCACCUGGAGAGGCCGAGAGCGAACUCGGUCGUCGGGAGCUGCUCGAGCCCGCGGACUUCUUCUUGGUUGACUGCCAGGGCUACCUCAGGUUCCUGGACACGGAGUUCUCAAUGAGAGCGUACGGCACACCGGAGGACUUCCUCGCCGAAAUGGACGGCAGCCUCUUCGGCGGCAAGGCCAGCCUGCAGGCGUCUUUCUCGUUGAACAUGGGGUCCAUCCUUGCGGUGCCGGCGCAAGUCGAGGCCAGGUUCCAGUUCUCUUUGCGGGCAGGAGAUGGCAACGAUUCGGUGCUGACCGUGCUCCUCGAAGGCUUCUUGGACAUGUUCUUCGACUUGCUGCGGAGGCUCGUCAGCGAGAUGCUCGCUACGGCGUUCGACAUCAUCCAGACCGCGCGCGACGUGGCGCAGGCUGCAUUCGAGUCUGCGCAGGCAGCCUUCAAUGCGGCAUUCGCGGCCCUGGAAGAAGCGAAGGACGUCGUCCGCCCCGCGCUCGAGCGGGCACGCAGUGCGGAGCGGUUCCACCGCAGGGCAGCGGAUGGCCAGGACUGCAAGUGGUCCAAGCCAUGGGCGUGUGCCGCCAAGGCCUUCCACCGUGGCAUGCAGGGCACGUUCGCUGCGACUGCCGCGGGUCUCGAGGGCGCGUUCAGGGCCGCUGAGGAGCUCCUGAACGCGGCCAAGUACGCACUUGACUUCGCGAAGAAGGUCGUGGACCUCGUGCUCGAGGGCACCACCAUCUUUAUCCGCCUGGUGGAACAAAUCCUGGACCAGCUGAUCCGCGACCUGCAGUCCGCGUUCAGCUCGGCACCUGACGUCGUCACGUUCUUCGCCGACUCCAUCUUCGCUGUCCGCUCUUUCAAGGUCGACCGGGUCUUCGGCACCCGGGUCAGUCGUUUCAGUAUGGACCUGGACGCCAACUGGUUCAACAUGGGAUACUCGACGAUGACCCUGAACUGCAACUUCAACCUCGGCUCCAUCCUCUCCGAGCUCACCGCGGGAUCCGUCCCCAAGGUCUGGGAGUACAUCCAGUCGCUGAUGCCCAACCCCAGCGACUUCUGGACGCUGCGCCGCCGAGGGCUCCUGUCGCUGCCUGAAGGCAGCUUCGCGGCCCUCGCCGCCAGCUCCGCUGCAGCUGCGUCGCACUUCCAGCACGCCAAGGGCAGGCUGCUCGAGACGGUCAAGAGCGGUCGCUUUGCUGACGAUGCCGCAGAGGACAUCAACGACGACGAGGGGGCUCCGUUCCGACUGCGCUCGCUGCUGCAGGCGUACCCGGUCAACGGAACGCUCUUGCCGUUCGAGACUGCGAGUCCCGAGGAGCUGGCGAGGCUCGACAGCUUCACGUCGUCCUACGACCCUGUCGUGCUCAACGCGGCAGGCGUGACGAACCCACUCGCGCCCGGACAGCCGAUCGUUCCGUCCACGGAGCUGACGGGGCAGAUGAGGUCGGCGGUCGCCGAGACACUGAACCCGCGAGCGGUCCUAUCGUCGUCGUUGGAGGAGGUGGCGGAAGCCAGCCAGGCAUACAUUCCAGCUGGCCUGCGUCCGACGGUCAGCCCCGUCGAGGCGCGGGCGCUGCAGGAGGUCAGCGCUUUUGGCGCCGCGAACCGGACCCUGUGGGUGGCCGUUCAGCCGCGCGCUGACUCGGCAUCCGUCGCUGGUGCGGCGGCUCUGCCCACGUGCACGUCAGGCCUCGCGGGGCGCGCGUGGCUUGUGCCGGAAAUGUCGUCUGGGCCCAGGCCCGCGCGCGUAUACGAGCGAUCCGGGCGAGUUUACGAGGCGCAGGAGACCUGGUGGCCGGAAGCCGUCCAGCAAGGGCUGGUGUCAUCCAACGACACGUGGCCUGUCAACUCGACGGAUGUCUUCCAGGCGUGCAAGCUGCCCCUGCAGUCCCUCGAGCAGGAACUCGCGCAGUUCGCGUUCAAGUACCUCGGCUCGCGCUUCGUUGCGCUGGACCUGGCCUCCGCGUACUCGUUCGAGGUUGCAAACGCGACUCAGUCCUCGUUCGACGUGGCGCGCGAUGGAUGCGGUCUCGCGUUCAACGUCUCGACUACCGAGGGCCACGCGCUUGAGCUCCGCGAGAACAGCGAGCUCAUCGCUGGUGACAUCCCGCAAGCUGGAGCGGCCAACCUGACGGCAGCGGGUCCGGAAGUGAUUGCAGAGCUGCACAAGUGCGGGUCGGCAAACUACUCACAGUACCUGUCGCUGCUCUCGGAGCCCGCCCUGCGGCACCCGAACUUCCCGGGCGGGCCCCUGUGGCUGGCUCCAGGAGAGGGCACCGGCGCUGCCGCUCAGCCCCCGCGGUACGUCGCGUUGAAGAUUGCGAACGUUGCGGUGAACCUCACCAUCGGCGACGGCGGGCCGGGAACUACCAGCGUCGCCGAGUUGGCUCUGGCGACGGAGGAGCUCGCCAGUGGAAACGUCGCGCGUGACUUCGCUGCUGCGCUGCGAGCCGCGGGCGUCGUGUUUGUUGGGGACGACGGCGCGGUGCACGAGGUUCUCGUCGGCGGGCUGCCCACCGUCAACAUCGAUCUGUCCGCUGAGAGGGCGCGUGCGUACCCCACGCACAAGCUUGCGAUGACCUUCGCGGCCGGGUUCGGCGGCUCGGGCGAAGCGGCGGCGCUGGCCUCGCUGGAGCGCGCAGUCGAUCAGAGCCUGGCCAGCCAGGUCGAGCAUCUGACGAACCGGACGAACACGGGGAACAACUUCUUCACGGUGGCCAAGCGCGACGACUCGGCCGUGCUCAGGCGCGGCCUCCUCGCGGGGCUGAACUCAGGUGUCGUCAUUACGGUGCACUUCGGUGGCGCGCACGCGCAGGACAUGGCGUUCGUAGCCCACGCUCACCUGUCGUCGGCGUCCUCGCACGCCGCCAUCACACAGGCGGCUGCGAACAUCGCGGGCGGCGGCGCGGCCUUCACGGUCGCGAAGCUCCCCACACUCUCCACGAUGGGCGGCCGGCCGAUCCAGGUCUUCGCGCCGGGCGCUCCCACCGCGAACGCCACCAACGCCACCAACGCCACGGUCAUCCCGAAGAUCCAACCGUCCGAGACGGUCGCCCCGCAGGCGACCACGCCGGCCCCGGUCGACGCGGGCGCCACCCAGCCCGCGAGCACGGCGCCUCCGGGCGCAGGAACGGGCUCGGCGACCCAGCCCCCAGGAGGGGGCCCCGCGACUGGGGCGACCCCCACUCCGAGCGUCGCGUCGAACGUCGACGUCACGAUGCGGAUCAACGGGGUCACGGCAUGUUCGUUGGAAGUCUCGGCCGCGCUCGAGGGCGCACUUUUGCAGUUCGUCCAGCCUCGGCCGGUGUCGGCGCUGACCAAGUCCUGCGCAGCCUCGGCGGGGCGGCUCCGGUCCCUGCUCGAGCGCGCUCUGCGGCAGGGCGGUGCAGUCUCGCUGGUCGUGCAGCUCUCGUUCUCGAGCCAAGUUGCCGGCGCGAGUGUCGCCCAGAGCAUCAACUCUGCCGCGUCCUCGAUCGUGGCAACGCUGGUCGCAAGCGGCGUGCCUGCUCAGAGCCUCGCGCUGCUGUCAGUCGAGGACGACUCCGGGGAAGCCCUCUCCGGCGACGUCGCUGACGGCGGAACCGAUGGCGGUCUCGGAGCAGGUCCGAUCGUUGCGUUCAUCGCAGUGGGCCUCUUCGUCGCGGCGAUCGUCUCGAUGGUCAUCGCGAGUGAGGACAUUAGGUGCUAG